CUGCACCUCCCUCCCUUUCCUGCCUGCUUUCCCCGUUCCCUCCUUUAUCUCCCUUUUGGAUGGCUUUGGUAGGGGUGGCAGUCAACAACACAUGCUCUCCCAUGGAGCUACCAAGGAGACCCUCUGGGGAUCCUCGCGUCUGCCCAGGUAAGAGAGAGCUGUCUGCAAAGGCAGAGUGCAGGCAUGGAUCUAAAAAUAAAGCAGUUCACAUGCAUCUGGGCAGAGUGGGAGUGAUUUAGCCAGCCUGACAUCCCUGCAGUAGAGAGCACCUGGAGCUUUGAUGCUGAGCUGGAGACAACUGAUUCCCCCAUCCCAGAAGAUUUUGUUUCAGGUUCGGGAUGUCUAACUCUGUGUCUGUGUGUGGGCAGGUGUAUUUCACAUUUCGGCUCUUGGUGUGUUGUGAACUUCUCUUGCAAGCUUUGCACGCUUGGGCUGUCUUUCGGCUCCACGUGGCAGCAGAUUUUGGACCCUGUGGAGUUGUCUUCUGCUGUGACUCUAUUGCAAGCUGCUGCUCUAAAAGAGCCCCAGAUUCCCCUGGGGUUUCCCCUCCUGGACUUAGGGUUUCCAACUUGAAACGUUCUUCCUGGCUGCCAGAGCAAGGCUAACCUACUUUAGCAUUGUGAGAAUCAGCGCAUGAAAAGGCACCAGCUUCCCAGUGUGAAGGCAUCGUGAGAUGCAGCAGCUGUGGCAUGAAUGAUUUAUAAUGCUCAUCUUUUUAAGUUUCCUUUGCACUGUUGUGUGUGUGUGUGUGUGUGUGUGUGCAUGGGCUCCUGCUGUACUUGCAAUGUGUUCCCUAGCACAGGUGCGUAAUUUUGCACUCUUUCAGAAUUGAUGCUUCCCAGAAAGUUUAACUGGGUAUUGCAGAUUUGCAAAGUUUUCCAGUUGAAAUGAGAUUCUGUUUAGCACAGCUCUUUUUUUUUAAGAAAAGCAAUCAAAAUAUUAAAGGGUUUCUUCAGUAAAACCUUUUAAGACUCAAAAUAUUAAGAAUUAGUUUGCCAGAUGCGAUGCUUAACACUUGAAUUUCUUCCCUAUAAUUCCUAAGCCAUCCUGUGGAUUUAUUAAAACAAGGGGACACUGUAAUUAUGCAUGGAUUUUUACAAGCAAAUCUGUGUUAAAAGAGAUUUUCCUGGGGAAUUCACCCAGCCGCACACCAGGUUUUUUUCGUUCCUGCUCUAACAGACCAUGGAAUAUUGCUGCUGAGUAGUCUUUGCCCUCCCCAACAACAAUGCUCCAUUAGGGUGCCCUUCUGCUGAGAGCAUUAUGAUGCUUGAGUAUGCUAUUCCUGGAGCCCUUGGGGUUGAUGCCUUCUAAUGGAAGGCAGUAAAUGCUACAUCGCUUUGGAGGACUAAUGGCUAAUUAGUCAGAGAGAGAAACUAUGGCCAGCACAAAUAAAGUCACAGUGGUGUUUUUCCUUAGUGAAAAUGUCAGCAGUGGGUUGCAAAAAGUGGAAGCUGCGUGUGUGUGUGUGUGUGUGUGUGUGUAUGAGAGCUGGUUGUUGAAUGCCAAGAUCCAUCUAGACCAGGGCUGAAGAACCUGUAACCCUCAGAAUGUUGUUGGACUCCCAGUUUCCAUCAUCCCUGACCAUUGGCAAAGCUGGCUGGACCUGAUUGGAACUGGUAGCCUCACAGCUCCCUGCUUCCAGCAAAUCUUGGCCAAGUGCUACUGGGAAGCUCACAAGCAGCUCUUAAUGGGGCGAAAAAACCAUGUCCCUGAAAUCCACAUCUCCAUUAUCUGUCUUUAAGGUAUGCAGUCUAUAUACUUGGAGGCUCCAUUUUGUUAUGGAAAUGAAGAAGAGCAAGGCCAAGGGGUCCUUGUUUUCUUCCACAGUCCAUGGUGGCCAGCCAACCAGCCAGAUGCUUUAUUGAGGCCCAUCAUCAGAACAUGAAGGCAACAGCCUGCCCCUAUAUGGGCUGAACCCUAACCUUCCCCUUGACAUGCUAGUUUUCUAUGUGCAGGGAAGUGACAUAUCUAGGUGGUAAAGCAUGCAGAAGGUCCUAGGUCCAUUGUCUGGCACGUUACAGAUGUUUCGGACUACAGCUUCUAUCGUCCCCCAGCCAGCACAGUGUGCUUGAGCCUAUUGUUUCCCUGGAUGGAGUGUUAUGUAUGUGUGUUUAUAGAAACUUCUGAUUUUUGCACAGCUGGGAAUAUAUAACCUGGUGCACAUAGAUCAGAGUUUCAAUACUCUGCCCACUUUCGCCUCUGGAAUCUUCCCCGCUAGGGCAUGUGACCCUCGGACUGAAAAUGGUUCCCACCUCUGGUGUUAAGUAAUCAGGGGGAAGUACACCAACAAUAGGAAAGAGGCAGGACCACUAAGAUGCAAUUCUAAUUUAAACAAGUCAGUCUCAAAGCAUGUGGGUGUCUCCAUCAAGGAAAUUUGUUCCGCAGCAAUGAGCUUAACAGAUAACAUCACCUGCAAUCCAGUUCACCAUUUUCUGGGGAGUAACACAGUGGGACUUCUAUCUAAGUACAGUGGUACCUCGGGUUACAUACGCUUCAGGUUACAGACUCCGCUAACCCAGAAAUAGUGCUUCAGGUUAAGAACUUUGCUUCAGGAUGAGAACAGAAAUCAUGCUUCGGUGGCACGGCAGCAGCAGGAGGCCCCAUUAGCUAAAGUGGUGCUUCAGGUUAAGAACAGUUUCAGGUUUAGAACGGACCUCCGGAACGAAUUAAGUACUUAACCCGAGGUACCACUGUAAACAUUAUUCCAUAGUGAGACUGCAGACCUGUACAUACCUUCCUGGGAGUAAACUCUGUUGGUGGGACUUUCUUGUGAGUUUGCUUUGAACUUUUUAUGCAAAGUUUAUUGGCUUUUAAUAAAAGCUCAAAGAAGGAAAAAAAUAACCUAUUAGCAACACAUGUCAAUUCACAAUACCAUUUUGCAAAACCAGGCAUAAGGGCUUGCAUGCAUAAGACAGUUCCUCUGCAGGUGGUAUAUUGGAGGGAGGGAGGAGCAAUAGUAGCAGCAGCAGCAACAGUAGAAGUAUUACUGUUCUACUAUACAUUUGGAAAAUUGUUUGUCCGGUAUGCAUUUGGACACCUCUUAAGAUAACACAUUCGAAUUUUGCAUGGCAGUUCCUGAGAUCAAGUAGCAGGUUUUCAUCUAUGUUUGGAUGCAACUGAAUUUCCAAACUGCACCUCAUGUUUGGUUUCUUAGAAUUCCCAAUAGCAACAGAUCUGAGGCUUCUAGUUAUUUAAUAAAUCUAGUCAAUUGAUGUCCGUAUCCUGCCUUUCCUCCAAGGAACUUGGGUGGUGAAUGUAUGUUUUCUCCUUUUCAUUCCUAAUGACAAAUAUGCAAGGUAGGUUAAAGUUGAGAAAUAAAGACUGGACUAAGGUCACCCUACUGUGUGGCUGAGGAGGGAUUUGAAACCAGCUCUCCAGAUGUUCCAAGCCGUGGUGGGAAGGCUUGUGGUGUUGAUUCAGUGGCAUAAGAGGCAAACAUCGUGACAAGGCAUUGGAGGAGGGUGCGAUGCAGACUCGAGGAGAGGGAAUGGAACCAUGGAGAAGAAUAGGGAUGGGCAAAUCUUGCCAUUUUUUUUCUCAAUUCUUCAUUUUUCCAGUCUUUAGCUCCCCACAUUUCUACAUCAGCGUGACUUCUUUUUUUUAAGUCCCUUUCAACAUAAGAAUACACACAUUUCUGUGUGCACUUUUGCCUUCAGACACAUUUUUCAUGUUAUUUUCUCUUACUUCAUUUGUACACAUAACUUGGCUUGCAGAACUGUAUCACAAAGUUUGGAGAAAUGCAAUUUCAAAGGAUGGCUGCAUUCCAGUCCACUUACCAUUAUUAUCAUUACAUUUAUAUUCCUCCCAGAGGGCAGUAUUGUUUCAGAAAGUGCAAUAUUCCCAUUUUAAUGUGAACAGAAAUGAAUCUCUCCUCCCUCCCUAGCUGGCAUCAUGAGCAGAUGGAAAGAUGCUGUAGGGCUUGCAUCUCACCCUUGGGUGGGCCAGUGUUUCCCCAAGCCUGACCCAGUGAUUCCUGGCCUUUAAGCUAACUGCUCAAUACAUCCCCCGAUAAAUGCUACAGAUAAAUAGUUGGCCAAAAUAGCCCACAGCAGGCUGUGCAUUUAUUGGGCAUUUACUUUUUAAAUGAGAAGCUAAGAUAGCCAGGCUUCAAGGUUUGAUAUACAAUUCCUGGAUUAUAGCCAGCAGUGUAGCAUGGGUGGGUGGCGCUGUGGUCUAAACCACUGAGCCUCUUGGGCUUGUCGAUCAGAAGGUUGGCGGUUCAAAUCCCCGCAAUGGGGUGAGCUCCCGUUGCUCUGUCCCUGCUCCUGCCAACCUAGCAGUUCGAAAGCAUGCCAGUGCAAGUAGACAAAUAGGUACCGCUGCGGUGGGAAGGUAAACAGUGUUUCCAUGCGCUCUGGUUUCUGUCACAGUGUCCUGUUGCGCCAGAAGCGGUUUGGUCAGACUGGCCACAUGACUUGGAAAGCUGUCUGUGGACAAACGCCGGCUCCCUCGGCCUGAAAGCGAGAUGAGCACCACAACCCCAUAGUUGCCUUUGACUGGACUUAACUGUCCAGGGGUCCUUUACCUUUUUUUAAACCUUUUUAUGGGUUAGCCAUAGGGGCAAUUGCCUGGGCGCAAAAUUCUUAGGGGCACAAUAUUCCAAAAAGAAAAAAUAAGAUAAUAUUUUUUAAAAAAAUAGCACACACCCCCCCCCCCCCCGCUCACACAGAAUAUCUUCCAGUGAUCAUGAAGAAAAGACUGAGGAGUGAAUUUGAGUGACAGCCUGUUGCUAGGGUGCCCUCUGCAUGAGCUUUAGAAAGAUACACGCUCCUGGACAACAACAACAACAACCAUAACCUCCCCCCAUAUACUGCUCAUCGCUGUGCUUGACACUCACAGGGUGCCACUGCUGCCACUUGGGUAGGUCACUGGGCUUUUGCUGCUUUGUUCCAGCCUAUCAGAGGGCGGUGCGAAGCAUACUUUCCUUGCCCCGGGCUCUGGCAACCCAUGCUACCCCACUGAUUAUAGCUUCCUUCUCAGGGACACUAGACAGAUGGAAGUAAUGAGGAGCCAGAAGCAAAGGGACAGUCUGCCGCCCCACCCGAACUCUUGCCACACUAAAAUCUGUAAUCUAAUAAAACUUACUGUUUGGUUAAAUUGCUAGGAGCCCUGUUGGGUUUGGCUUCGUCUCCUUUGCCCAUCAGGCUCUACCCCAUACCUGUCCUAUAUGGUGAGAGUCUGCCCCCCAGAGCAAUUACUGCAACCUCCUACCUCACUAGGCUAAGGUUACCAGAUGUCCCCUUUUCCCGGGGACAGUCCCCAGAUUUACAAAUCAGUCCCCAUACAAAAUCCAUUGAAGUUGAAAAGUGUCCCUGGAUUCAUUGAAAAAAUUCAGUCCCCAGAUUUACAAAUCAGUCCCCAUACAAAAUCCAUUGAAGUUGAAAAGUGUCCCUGGAUUCAUUGAAAAAAUUCUGGUAACCUUACACUAGGCACUACUGGACUCCAUGCCUGUUCUAACAAAAGCUACAAUCAUGAUUCUAUGAUUCUACCUCUGAGUUGCCAGUUUCUACUCUGUCUGUAAACUCAGGACAUCUACCAAUCCUAAGCAGAGCCCAAGAAUUACCUUUCUGCUUUUAUGUGAAUCUUUCCAUGCUCUUAUGCUAAUUACUUUGUGUUUAUCAUUUUUUAUUAAUCUAUGACUAUGCUCAAUUAAUCAUGUCACUCCAGCAGUACUGAGAUCAGGCUGUGGUUAUUCGGCCUCAAGAGUAAUGCAUUCUAUACAAAUUCAGAAACACUUCUGCCUUCAGAGUUGCUUUAUAUUUUUCAGGGCUGCACCCAAGUCUCCCAAUUCAUGGGAUGAGUACUGGGAACCUAUAAUCCAAAAUCAUUACAAACAGCAGCCCCAUCAUCAAUGGGGAGACCCUUGAUUCUGUUGCUGCCUUAGUGUAUUGAUGACUGAUGCUUCACUUUGUGUUUUGUUUUGUGUUUUCUUGGUGUGUGUUUUUUCUUCCUGAUGUUAAGUUUGAUGGUUUAUAUUUUAAUGGUUGAGUCAUUCUUGCUUUUAUGAUUUUAAAGCCACCUUGAGCAAGGUGCUCACAGACUGCAAUUCUCUUUGCACAUGUCCAGGAAUUAUCCAAAAUGCUGCUCCAUGCAACGUCGCAGAGGAUGCUGGUUGUUGUUUUUUAAUUGCAGAUUUAUACUGUUUUUUGCAAGGAAGGGCCAUAACUCAGUAGAAGGGCAUUUGCUUUGUAUGCAGAAGGUCACAGGUUCAAUCCCUGGCAUGUACAGAUGUAAGGCUGGAAGAGACACUCAUCUGAAACGCUGGACAGUCACUGCCAGUCAGUUUGGACAAUACUGAGCUACAUGGAUCAAUGAGUCUGAUUUGGCAUAAGACAAUUUCCUAUACUCCCAGGAGAUCAAGGUGGUAUACUCUGUUCCCAAAUAAAGCCCUUAAUUCUUCCUCGCAACAACCCCUGUGAAGUGUGUUAAGCCAAGAGACAUAGGUGACAACUCCCUGGGACACUGGGUGCUCAGGUACCCAAAAUAUCCCCCAUUUUGGUGCCAGGGCCAUGCACGCUGGGUUUGAAUGUGAGUUCUCCCAGUCCUGACACUUGCUGACUCAAAUCUCAGCUCGUGUGCAGCUUCAUCGGCCCACCUUUAAGCACUUAUUGACCCUGACCAACUGUGUGUAUUGUUUGUGCAGGGUUUUGUCCUGGACUUGAUUUUACUACUGGAAAUGUGCAUAUUGUGUUGGUAGCACAAUGUCUUUUACCUGGGAGGCCAGAUUAGUGGCUUGAUUCUAUUUAGCUUUCCCACAGAGAAGGAAAUUAAUCUUAAGUGGUUUAUGGGGUGAGGGGCGGAAAGGAAAAUGCAGUGGAGGGAAAAGAUUGAACAGCAAAUUGAUAACUGCAAUCAAAAUACUAAUAGCAGUAGUACAAAUCUAGGAAACUCAAACAGAUGGCACCCACAGUUGUCGGUGUUUUAAAUAGCAGAUAUAUAUAGCAUUAGCUAUUUCCAGUCCUUAAAUAGCCAAAACAGCAUCACCCCAUGUACAGAACAUCAGCAGGUUUGGGUUUGCAAGUGCACAAAAAAUAUUUAGCAAAUAAAAUCCUAAGAGGGACAUCCGCCAAACACCCCAAGUCCAAGGAAAACUGAGAAUGCCCAGUGGGCUUGGAAGGCUGACCAUUAAGGGUGGGAAUGAAAACUGGAGGGGGAUAGGAUUUUGUGGAGUGAAUGGAACGCUGAACAAGGAGCAAUCUACACUGCAGCAUUUUGUUGCAGAACUCACUCGGGUAUUACUAUUUCUGAUGUUCAGGCUUUCCAUGUGGCUGUUUGUAUAGCUAAAAUGGUGUGUGCACAUGCAGGCAUAAAUACAUCCAUGCACACACAAACACACAGGUGUGUGCGCGCACGCACACACACACAACAUCUCAGCAGGCUUGGACUUGGGGAUCACCAAGUUUUACAGAAGUACAAAAAAAUGGGAGGAAUCCAAGGGUGGAACCUAAAAAACAGCUCAGUGAGGAUUGAGAGUGGUUACAGAAUCCUAAUGGGUUCCAGUGGGUUGGAAUGAGGGCAUGGAUUGGAGUAUCCUGAACAGGAGCAAUUCACGCUGCAACAUUUCGUUGCUGCUUCUAUGUGUCACACAUUAAAUGUUAACUGGUGACCAUUUAAAAAGAGGUAAAGAGGGACUCUGACAGGUCUUCAUCACCAAAGUCACCAACAUCAUUUGGAUGCUCAUGCAACCAAUAGCAGAUUGGAUUUGCAUGAUGACUAUUAAUUCACUGCUGUAAGUUUUAUUUAUUAUAACACUUUUGCAUUUUUGAAUCAUUGCAAAGAAAAACAACACCAAUGUGUUGUUGCACCUGUACAUCUCUGCAGUUGCAGUUUGCAUUGGACACAUACCAAAAGAAACAGAAUGCUUUUAUAUCUGCUUGAGACCUUGAUCAUACCAUUUUGCUCAGUCAUGAAAUACAUAUUUUGGGUAUCAAAAAUAAUCCAUAUGUCGGAAAGACAUCUAGUUAAGAAAACAUAUUUUGGGGGUAUUUUUAAGGAAACAUGUGAAGUCUUUUUAUAGUUUCAUUUGAAGAAGGAUGGAAGAGUCAUGCCACUUGUGGGAGUGAUUCAUUAUUUUGUAUUUGUUAUUGCUAUCCAGAAUCCUUGCUCUCUUAAAAUAGAACAAGCGUAUCUGUUCUCUUUUUAAAUGUCAGAAGUAUGUUCCAUUUUUUCCUUUGCCUCAGUUUCAGAUGCUUCAGUAGGCUUAUUCAUUUACUUACUUAGUUAAAAGCAUUUCUAAAGCCCUCAGUAUUUUUUAAAAAAUAUCUAAGCAGUGUGCACUUUGUACAACAGGAAAACAUCCACUGAAACAACAAUACAACCCUAAUUAACAGGGAGCAGAGUCAACCCCCCACAACCAGAUCAGGAUGAAUGCUCAAUAAAGACCAGGUAUAAACUAACCUCCGCAUAAGCUUCGUGCAAGCAAAUCAGGAUGAAAACUGAUUAAAUGGGCUGUCUGGAGGGGUCCUAUGCAGUGCUUUUUAUGGGGGUAUGCGGGGGUAUAAAGGUAAAGGUAAAGGGACCCCUGACCAUUGGGUCCAGUCAUGGCCAACUCUGGGGUUGCGGUGCUCAUCUCUCUUUACUGGCUGAGGGAGCCGGCACACAGCUUCCAGGUCAUGUGGCCAGCAUGACUAAGCCGCUUCUGGUGAACCAGAGCAGCGCACGGAAACACCGUUUACCUUCCCCUCUGGAGCGGUACCUAUUUACUUGCACUUUGACGUGCUUUCGAACUGCUAGGUGGGCAGGAGCAGGGACCGAGCAACGGGAGCUCACCCCGUCACGGGGAUUCGAACUGCUGACCUUCUGAUCAGCAAGUCCUAGGCUCUGUGGUUUAACCCACAGCGCCACCCGUGUCCCUGUAUGUGGGGGUAUGCAUACCCCUAAACAUUUUGUGAAUCUAAGUUUGGCCUCAUUGAGGAGCAGUAUUUCAAUAUGAGUAGGAAAAUGACAGUACCCCUAAACAUUUUUUUUAGAAAGAAAAAAAGAAGCACUGGUCCUAUGUAUUGAUUAAAAUGCCACCAAACAGAAAGUCAACUUCUGAGUUUUCUUAACUCUUCUUCAGGCUAGAAGUUAAUCAAAAUGGGGGUGGGGAGAGGAAGAUAAAAGUCUGGCCAUGAUGUCUGAGCCCCAAAGUCCUGCACUAUGUUAGUCUUUUAAGAUGGCACAGGGCUAGACUCUUAUGUGGCUUUUAUAAUGUAAUUGAGUGCAGUGUAACUACUGUUGUUGUUGUUGUUUGGAAACAGGACCAGGACUCAGAGGAGUGAGUUUUCACCCUUGUCCCUGCCAGUUGAAACACACCCGCCUGAUGCCUCUUGUUCAGAAUAAAUGGAAAGCUCUCACUGAUGACAUUGGGAGAUAGCACAUAUUAUGGGCCCCAUUCCCAUUGCCCGGUUCAGGUGUGGGGAACCUUUUUGACUCUAUGGACCAGAUCCUUAUCUGGCUCCAUCCCUACAGGUCAACAGGAUCAGAUGGGCAUCACCAAUCAGAUUGGAUAUCAGACUGGAUAUCACCAGCCACAUGAUGCUGUGAUAUGCUGCCUACCUGCCCAAAUCCCUUGUACUGUACAGUGGUUCCCAAGCAGGCUUUGGCUCUCCUUCCAGUCAGCAGAAGCCUGCUUUCCCUUGCCCCAAGACACAAUUAGGGGUACACUUUAAUGCUCCUGAUAUGCUAUUGUGUGAGGAGCCAGGUGGCCAUGGUUUGUGGGCCAAAUUUGAACCCCUGGCGGUUCAAGUUUGACCAGCAAACCAGAGGUUCCCCAACUUUGGCAUAGUUGGUUGGAGGAGGGCAUUUAACCAUCGGAAGUUAAAAAGAGUAGGGAAAAUUUUCUGUUAGAUCGUGGACUGUCAUUGCACUGCUAAUGUAGGGAUGUUCUCUAUCUGUGGGUACUUAAAUUCUUGCAAGGAAGGUUGUAUUGUGCGGAGCUUGGUCCGAUCUAGUAAAGUAUUUCUUGCAUCCUAAAGAAAUUUGUAUGCUUAGGAUCACUUAAGCCCAAUAGCUAUGCCUUAUGUAUUAAAAGGCCGGGGACGCGGGUGGCGCUGUGGGUAAAACCUCAGCGCCUAGGACUUGCCGAUCGCAUGGUCGGCAGUUCGAAUCCCCACGGCGGGGUGAGCUCCCGUCGUUCGGUCCCAGCUCCUGCCCACCUAGAAGUUCGAAAGCACUCUUAAGUGCAAGUAGAUAAAUAGGGACCGCUUUAUAGCGGGAAGGUAAACGGCGUUUCCGUGUGCUGCGCUGGUGCUGGCUCGCCAGCUGCAGCUUCGUCAUGCUGGCCACGUGACCCGGAAGUGUCUUCGGACGGCGCCGGCUUACGGCCUCUAGAGCGAGAUGAGCACGCAACCCUAGAGUCGGACACGACUGGCCCGUACGGGCAGGGGUACCUUUAUGUAUUAAAAGAUCCAGGCUAUGCUUUCCUGCCAUGAAAAGGCUAUUGGUAUACAACCAAGAUUCUAGUCCGUUUAAAAAAAAAAAAGUUAGACCUCACAAGACAAGUGAAAAACCAUCCUUGUGAUGCAGGAGGAGGAACAGAGCAAAAGCAGCAGUUUGUGAGUGACCAGCCCAGCCAAGUUCUGCCCUCUAGUGGUUCCUUAUGAGAAAGCCAGCUGUGAUUUUACCCUUUCACCCCCACUAUAUUUCCCUGUAUUUGCAAUGGUCAAGAGUGAGUGCUGAUUGCUAUGUAGCCAAAAUGGAACCACUCAUGCCAAGAGGGAGGUAUCAGGAGGCUAGAGAGGGAACUCCAGAGUUUACAGAAUUACACACACACACACACAAAGAAACAUUAAAAAAUUCCUUCCAGUAGCAUCUUAGAGACCAAUUAAGUUUGUUAUUUGUAUGAGCUUUUGUGUGCAUGCACACUUCUUCAGAUACACUGAAACAGAAGUUACCAGACCCUUAUAUAUAGUGAGAGGGUGGGGAGGGGUAUUACUCAGAACGGUGGUGGUAUUACUCAGAAGCGUGGUGGGAAUGGGUGAUUGGCAGGUUUACCACACCUAUCUGUUUCAGUGUACAGUGGUACCUCGGGUUACAGACUCCACUAACCCAUAAAUAGUAGCUCAGGUUAAGAACUUUGCUGCAGGAUGAGAACAGAAAUUGUGCGGCAGCGCAGCAGCAGCGGGAGGCCCCAUAAACUAAAAUGGUGCUUCAGGUUAAGAACAGUUUCAGCUUAAGAACGAACCUCCAGAACAAAUUAAGUUCUUAACCCGAGGUACCACUGUAUCUGAAGAAGUGUGCAUGCGCACAAAAGCUCAUACCAAUAACAAACUUAGUUGGUGUCUAAGGUGCUACUGGAAGAAAUUUUUUUAUUUUGUUUUGACUACGGCAGACCAACAUGGCUACCUACUUGUAACUAAAAAAAAAAAACAUUUAAAGGAGUGGAGAGAGGAAGCUAUGGAGGGGGACCCCAGCAGGCACAAUGGGCUUGAAAUGCUAACUGCUCUAGGGGGGAGGGAGAAAUAGAAUGAGGCAUUGUGCAGGAAGGCUCUCAAUAACAACACUCCACACUGUAACUUUCUGUUGCAGAUCCCACUUACAUACCUAGAAAGUGUCCUUCUCCUAGUUCAGAUUUUUUUGUCCAUUUACUCCAAGAGUAGGGAACCUAACUAGACCUGUAAAGCUUUUUCCUCCAAAUAACACCAGGUGUGACAUCAGAUGUGAGGCAGAGGAAGAUGCAGCUGGGGUCUGCACUGGGAAUGGGCACGGACUCCUUUGAAGGUUUCUCACUUCUGAUGUCCACAGUGUAAUAGUUAUCACAUUCGCCUAACACAUGAAUGGUCCCCAGUUUGAUACCAGGCAGAUACAAUUAACCCGGGGGGGGGGGACUCCUCCAUUGCAGGGGGUUGGACUAGAUGACCCUCAUGGUCCUUUCCAACUCUAUGACUGACAGUAGCUCUACAAGGUCUUGUGUCUUUCCCAUCACCAAUUCCCCCCCCCCCAUCUGCACUAUUCAGUAUUGCGCCCCUUUAAAGCGUCAUGGCUUCCCCCAAAGAAUCCUGGGAAGUGUAGUUUGUUACAGGUAUUGGGAGUUGUUAAGCAACCCCCUAUUCCCCUCAGAAAGCUACAUCUUCCUUGAAAAAAGGGGUGGAUAGUUAAAUUACUCUGGGCAUUGUAGCGCUGUCAGGGGGAUAGGUAGUCACCUAACAACUCUCAGCACACUUAACAAACUACAGCUCCCAGGAUUCCUUGGGGGAAGCUAUGACUAUUUCAAGUUGUAUCAUAGUGAUUGGAUUUGGUGCAUGUUUACUGUUUACUGUCAUCUUCUCCUUCCCUAAUAUGUACAGAUUGAAAAAUCCCAACUACUGCUGAUAAAUAAGAAUCGAACAUCCAUGAAUACUCACGACAGCAAGUGCUGUCACACUAUAUUUUUUUUUGGUUGUGAGCUUUUAAAAAUUGCUUAAUGAAAUUGGUUAAUGAGGCAAAAACAAAACAAAGAUGACCCCCCUUUUUUCCCCUCUUGUUUUUCAUGACACUGUACAUACAAAAGAAAAGCGGUUGAGUAACUAAAAAUCAGGGGGUAAAUAAACUAAAAUGUCUUUUAUAAAGCAGCACCCAGUAUUAAUCAUAGAUUUUUAGAACAAUUCCUAUGCAUCCCUUCCCACACAAUUGUUCCCCAACAAGGAAAGAAGAGGAGCAAUAGGAUAAAAAUUUACUGCGCUCCCUUGCCGUGUGGGUACCAAGUGCUUUUUCUCCUCAUUUGAUAAUAGAGUUUCCUGCUUUCUGUGUUUAUGCUCAGGUUAAAACACCCCAAGAUGGUGCAGCACCAGCCUGUGUGAGCCAAAAGCCUCUGAAUGGUGCCAUUGGGCCACAGAUGCCUCUUGAGAUGAAUCUCUGCUGGAAUGAGAUUAAAAAGAAAUCGCACAGCCUUCGGUGAGAUGCUGGGAGAUGCGUGGCAAAGUGCCUUGUUUUCCUUUGGCUUACAGAAGCCAGUCUGACAGAUACUGAAGCCAAAGUUGAAAUCUCCAUGGGUGAGAAUAGACAGUGCAGGGAUGGUAAACCGUUGUGGCUCUGGUCUGGACCCUGCGAACCAACUUUGGCAAGCAGAUGGGGCAUCCUACCUGUCAAUCACACAAUGUCGUUUGGAUGUCACACAACUAGUAGACAGGUUGUCCUGCCCACCUGUCAAAAAUCCGUUGGACGCUUAGGAACCGCUGUGCAAAGGGUGUUGCUAGCCCUAUGCUUGGUGCUUGCAAAAUGCAGGUUUUUUCUCCCUAUCCUACAUUAGCUGAAGGGGAAAGGAAGGAAUAAGCCUUCAUUUUGCAAGCAUUGGCUGUGUGAGGGAGAAUUAUCUCUCACAGCCAAUGCGGGGCGGGGGGAGAAGUAGGAGGUCACGAAGCCAUUUUUCUCAAGCCAUAGCCAUAGUGAUGUCCGUUGACAUCAUUUGUGACAUCAGCCAAUGGACAAGGGAAGGGUUUAAUUCUGAGUAUCCAAAACACAUACUUCCGAGAUGGUUUCAUUUGUCACCCUCUCAGCAUUCUGCUGCAAAUACUUCGCUCCCCAUCUCUGUGGUCUCAUUGUUCUUUGCCUGCUUCCCACCUUCAUUUCCUCAGGGCUCGCUUGGAAGCCUUCUCAGACCACAGCAGCAAGCUGCAGAUUCCCUUGCAGGAGAUCAUAGACUGGCUCGGCCAAAAAGAUGAGGAGCUCUCCGCCCAGCUGCCACUCCGUGGGGACGUCCUCUUGGUUCAGCAGGAGAAGGAGAGGCAUGCGGUAAGUGUCCCAGAGGGCAUAGCAUGGCAUUAAGGGGGGAGAGAGAACAAAGCUGCUAAAGGUUAUUAGGCACAAUGUCUCCAAACUACCUCUACCAGGAUAAGAGGAAAUAAUAUGCCUCUGAAGUGGGCAUCCCAUGAGCAUCUGUUGGGCUGCAGGACUAGAUGGCCCUUUGGUCUGAUCCAGUGGGACUCUUAUUAUGCUGCUGGGCUACAGCCCAUCAUCCCAGAAGCCCGGUAGCCAUGCUGGCUGGGGCUGCUGCAGUGAGGGCCCUAUACCUUAAAAGGCCCUCAAGUCACCUUCUGCAAAUUAAACCAACCUGCCAAAAAAAUCACCCUCCACAACCAGGUGCUCACCAUGGAAAAGACCCUGUUUCCAUGCACUAUCCAACUAAUUUUAUUUGAAGGAGUGCUCUGCAUUGAAGGGCUGUCUCCUCCAAGUCUAAUUAAAAGAUAGAUAACCCCAAGAAGUGAGAGCAGGGGGCUUCAAUUGCAAGGGCCUUGCCUGAUAUGGUGAGGUGCACUUUAGUUCUCUUUUAUAAUAUUCCUCUCUAAAUAUGCAUCUGUACAUGUAAAUUAUCGUAUGUACAGUGGUGCCUCGCAAGACGAAAAGAAUCCGUUCUGGGAGUCUCUUCGUCUAGCGGUUUUUUCGUCUUGCGAAGCAAGCCCAUUGACGGGAUUAGCGGAUUAGCGCUAUUAGCGCUAUUAGCGGCUUUUAGCGGCUUUUAGCAGCUUAUCAGCUUAUCAGAUAAGCAGAUAAGCGGCUUAGCGACUUAGAAAAAGAGGGGGAAAAGGAAAAAAAAAAACCAGGAACUCGCAAGACAUUUUCGUCUUGCGAAGCAAGCCCAUUGCAGAUUCGUUUUGCGAGGCACCUCCAAAACGGAAAACUCUUUCGUCUAGCGAGUUUUCCGUCUUGCGAGGCAUUCGUCUUGCGGGGCACCACUGUAGAUCCAUUUUGUCCUCUCUUUUUGGCAAUGGUUAAGCAGACACCUUAUCUGUGGCAGAGCUUUGGAAACACAUAAGCUCCCCUGUCCUAUGCCAUGUGUUAGCUCAGUGUGCUGCAAGGUUAGCAAGGCUGGGCAUUUGCCAGGGCCCCCCGAGACCAGCAGAGGGGGCCUCCCUCUCUGAACUAUGCUACCAUUGCCACCUUGCACAGAAUACCAAAAAAAUCCAAGGCAGCCUAAGAGAAUUGUUAGUUCACCCCGCUUUGAACUCCCACCUCUUUCAGGCUGGAGGGACCCUACUGGGAGUGACAUUCCUGAGGGUACCCCAAAUCCUUGCACUGGAAGGGGUGGUGUGUUAUGUGCCCGGGAAACAACAUUGCAGCUCACUUAAUCUUUCCUGCUUCUCUCUCCUUGGCACAGGCAUUUAUGGAAGAGGUGAAGUCCCGGGGGCCCUACAUUUACUCUGUCCUGGAGUCUGCUCAGGCCUUCCUCACUCAGCAUCCAUUUGAAGAAGUGGAGGACUCCAAUUCCGACAGCAAAGGUUUACGGUCCUACAUAACUUUAGCUGUCUCCCCCAGUCCGCUCACGUUGCACCUUCAAACAAACUCUUCUCGUUCUGCUGGGGCAAAACCAAAAGGCAAUGCUAGCUCACUGGCACAAGGCUUUUAUGCUUCCAGGCUAACCUACUGACCUUCUUUGUCACUAUGGAGAGAUCCCAUAAUCCUUCCCUGAAUACUCUAUGAGCGCAUUUGGAGGAUAACAUACUCCUGACCUCCAGAAGGAUACAAUAGAAGUUAAUCUCAUUCCUAGAUGGGUGUCUUGAAGGCUGCAGGAAGGACAGAUUCCCUUUUAAAAUGGUGAUGAUGAGCUACAUAGGAUGGACAGGGACAUCCCAAAGGAAUUAAGGAAGUCAGGUGCUCAGAAUUGGAGGGGGCGGGGAGGUACCAGACUGGAGUAUUCCAGACUGGAGUCGAUUUUACUAUUAGUAUUGCUGUUGGUAUUACAAUUCAUUACCUGCUCUUCACCCCAGGUUCCAGGGUGGGCUACAAUAAUUAAAACGCAAUGUUAAAAACAGUUUAAAACAACAUAAAAUUACAGAAGCAGGCUGGGUCCUAAAAAUAUACAUCUCAAGUAUCAAAAACCAGGUUAAAGAGGUGUGUUGUUGUGGAAUCACUCGUGCCUGCAAGUGUUUUAUUUCCCAGUAUGAUAGGUACGGAUGGUGGGAGUUGUAGUCCAAAAAGCAGCUGGAGAUCCACGUUUGGGAAACCUUGGGUGUAGGCAAAAGGCACAGGGAACUUUAGGCAGGCCCUCUGAACUCCCCCCAGCCCACCCUUUCACAAUUUAUUAUUUAUUCAUAAAAGCAUUUAUAUACCACCCUCUCACAAAACACCAGGGUGAUGUUGCGCUAAUAACAUUUAACUGCGAUACAAAGUGCCAAUACCUGUUUGCCUUUCUGCUUCUACCCUUCUUUGAGUUCCUCAAGGCUGCCACCCUCAUGCUUGACCUCCAGGUCAGUUGACCUCAGUCUUCUUCCUGCUCUGUUUCUAGAUGUUUCCCCAAGACACCGGAUCCAGAACAUCAGUCGUUUUGUGUGGAAACAGGCCACUGUGGCCAGUGAGCUGUGGGAGAAGCUCACUGCCCGCUGCGUCGACCAGCACCGCCACAUCGAGCGGACCUUGGAGCAACUGCUGGAGAUCAAGGGCACCAUGGAGGAGCUAAGCACAACCCUCAACCAAGCUGAAAGUGUGAGGGAGACUUGGGAGCCCAUUGGAGAUCUCUUCAUCGACUCUUUGCCAGAACACAUCCAGGCCACCAAGGUAUGACCUGGAGGCACUGGUGGAGGAACGGGGGUGGGUGGGGGAGCGCACCGCCCCCGGCACCAUCAGGGAGGGGGGUACCAUCGUGGCCGCCCCCCCGGACACACGCCGCGCACCUCCCCACCGCGCUGGGUGCCAUGCCCCAGGAUGCACACCACACCCCUGCGGGCGGCAUGCCACGCCCCCGGGACAUGCGCCAGCCGCACCCCUGCCUGCUCUCCUCCCCCGGUGCCGGAGCAUGCAGCUUCGCCGCUGCCUGGAGGGAGGGAGUGGGCAGACACUGAGGUUGCCAAAAACAAUCAAGGAAUCUUGUGGCACUUUAAGACCACAACUAAUUUAUUUGUGGCAUAAGAUUUUGUGGGUUAAAGUCCACUUUAUCAGUUCCAUGAAGUGCAGUCCUUCAGCAAGACCCUUGAACUGUGGUUCCCAACAUCAGACAACCAGUGAGCUGUUGGGCACUUAAAAAGUGCUCCACAAGGGACUUGUGAGUGGAACAACCUUCCUAUCUAUCUUAAGAGAUCUGUGAUUGCUUUCUUCCACCACUUCCAACAUGAGUUGGGUCAUCAUGUGUUGCUGAGUGCAUUCAACCCCAUUUGUAAACAAUCGAAGAUCAUUGGUUGCUGGCUUUCUUCUUCUUCGUCUUCUUCUUCUUCUCUCUCCUUCUUUCUGACUCUUUCCAACUUCUUUUUCCUUUGGGAUGGGAUGGAUCUCCAGUUGUUCAAAGAGGAGCUGUCCCCCAUGAAAGAUGCAGUGAAGCUUGUGAAUGACCUUGCACAUCAGUUGGCUAUCUCCGAUGUGCAUCUGUCCAUGGAGAACUCUCGUGCCCUGGAACAGAUCAACACACGUUGGAAACAGCUGCAGGUGAGGGAGGGGACACAAGAACCUUGUAGAGUUGGAAGGGGCCCUGAGGGUCAUCCAGCCUAAUCCCCUGCAAUGCAGGAAUCAUACAUGACAGAAGGCCAUCCAGCCUCUGCUUAAAAACGUCCAAAGGAAAGUCCACCACUUCUUAUGGGAGUCUGUUCCUACAGCUCUUACUGUAAGAAAGAUACCCCUGAUGUUUAGUCAGAAUCUCCUUUCAUUUAACUUGAAUCCAUUGGUUCGGAUCCUGCCCUCUGGAGAAAACAAAACUUGCUCUUUCUUCAUGUGUCACCCUUUGAGACAGUGGUUUUCAACCAGUGUACUGUGGCGCCCUAGGGUGCCUUGAAUGAUGGUCAGGGGUACUGUGGCCAACACUGGCCUCUUUCCCUCCCUCCUCUGAUGCCUUCCCACAUCUUUGCCUCCCCAAGGCUUACACAGCUGUUUAUUGUAGCAGCCCUGGCUAUAAGCUCUGCAGGUGAAUGGCUUGUGUCCAUAAUUCAUAAACUGUUGCCUAGAAGUGUAUGCAGUACUCCAUGUGUGGUCUGAUCAAGGUAGAAUAGAGUGGGACUAUGACUUCCCUUGUUCAGGACACUAUACUGCAAGGAAAUCAGGUUAUUUAAAAGCAAUGCUUGGAUCAUAUCUGGUAUGCAACAUGCAGUGUGUGAGAAUCUAAACGAAAGUGAAGAGUUAAAUGACAACGAACGUAUUUUAGCCGGGCCAUAAAUAGUAACAAAACUGCUGGCUAGGAUGGCAAUUUGAGGAUAGUUCCCUCCUCUUUCCCUCAAAAAAGUUGCAAAGUACUUGCUACCAUUUUUACCCAACUUCAAGAUGCACGCAACAGCCAAAGAACUCAAGCAAGCCAUCGUAUUCAGGACACUAUAUUCUGUUGAUGAAGCCUAGAAUAGCAUUAGCAUUUUUUUGCUGUUGCAUCAUGCUCUUGACUCAGGAUAAGCUUUAGGCUCUACUAAAAACCCUAGGUCCUUUCCACAUGUACUAGUGGCAAUCCACGUCCCCUAUUUUAUAUUUGUGUAGAACUUUAUACUUGCUUGCCUGGGUGGAGGGUAGUGUUUGUGUAGAAACCUCAUGACGUUUGUGUGGAUGGAAUAUAGCCUACUCUGUAAAGAUAGGAGGCACAUCUGGGUUCUGUGAUUGACAGACUGAAAUACUACAUGUUUCCCCUCCCCCAAUUUUCUUUAAUAUUUCCAACCUCUGCAUAGGUCUCCAUCAAUGACCGGCUGAAGCACCUUCAGGACGCCCACCGUGACUUUGGGCCAGGAUCACAGCACUUCCUUUCAAGUACGUAGACAGCUGAAGGCAUUGUCACUUUGGAGGGGAAGAGAUAUUCUCCCUUCUCCUUAGCAUGUUUCACAUGUGCAGCUGAAUGAGAUGAUAGAAUCUUGAGGAGGUAGAAUACAUAGUGGCAUUUCAGGCUGCCAUUUCUGUAAAAGUUUAUUAUUAUUAUUAUUAUUAUUAUUAUUAUUAUCAUCAUCAUGAAUAAAAGUAAGCCUAUACAACAAAAACAGGACAACUUGGUACAAAUUUGUGGUCAGCGGCCAUGUGUACACAGUUGGUAAUUAGGCAUUAAUAAAGGACAAUAGAAUUAUAAGAACAUGUGGUCAGGAUACUAUUAUUAUUAUUAUUAUUAUUAUUUAUCUCUUUCCUCCUCCAAAGUUCAUUAAGGCCCAGCUUCAGUGAUGCUUACUUAACAAAGCAUUACAUACACCACAUUUUUUUUAAAAAGAAAACCCUUUUCUAUGAAAAGCAAGGCAGGACCAAAACUGACUAAGGCUAAUUGAUGUCUUUUGUCACCCAAGCAUUCUUGCCAUUUCUGCAUUCCAAGGGCUCUGCUCACAGAGGUUGUCCUUGAGGUGGUCCUACCACAGAUCCUUGAGCUGGGUUUGGAUAUUGCCCCAAAACUGACUCAUUGCUAGGCUACAUGUGUUUCAUAGCCUGGGUGAAUACUGAAACUUGAUGUCAUGCGAUGUGUAUGCUGCCUGUUCACUUGCCCUGAGACUAAGCUUGUUAAACAACUCUCACCCCCCCCCAAAUGAUUUUAAAAUGUGCUUGAUUUAUUUUCAAAACUUGAAGUGGGCCCAGAUUUUCUUUUCUUAAAGAAACAACAACAACUUGCCUGUGGACUUCCUUUAUGACUGUUGUAGCCGUCAUUUCUAGUUACCAUUCCCAUAGUCCUGAAUAAAGCUUUCCUUAGCUUUGACAAAGGGACUAAAAUAAUCUGAUGUGGGGACAACAUUUUAUGCUUAAUACAGUUAUUAUAAUUAAUUAAUUGCUUUAAAAUAUUUACUGUUGGCCAGCCUCAAGGAUACCAUUUUUAAUGUUUAAACGGUCUCUCCAGUAGUAAAAACAAAAACAGACAAAAAAAACCCUCGCUCACCAAGGGAAAAUGUUUAGCCCCCCCCCGCCCCUUCCUGCUGUGCUAGUUUUCUUCUGGCAAUGAUUUAUUUGCUUAUUUUGAAUGGAAAAGUGGAAUGGAAUGGACCAUCUGGAAAGACAGCACAACUAAUCAGCUGGAAUGUCCUCAUACUGAAGAUGAUGUUAUCAGCACCACUCAGUCCACUGUUUCCCAUUGUUUGUUGUCCAUAAUUAAAAGCCAUACUGCCUGCGAUAUAUGUGAUGCAUUCAUUUCCUUUGCAAUAGCUGCACCAUCUAUUGCUUUCUCAAACUUAUGGGCAGUGGUCAAGGAUGAUGGGAGUCCAGCAGCAUCUUCAGGGCCACAUAUUUCCCCAUCCCUCUUCUAGUGACCCUGGGAAAGGAGUUAAACCCUGAAGAACGACAACACACACUAACAAUAUUUUAGUAAGGUAUUUGCCCAGACAGGCAAAAAUGGGAGCCAAAAGAAGGGAUCUUGGGUUGUAUCCAUUGCAAAUCCUACUAAGCGUAGACCCAUUGCAAUUAAUGAACAUGAUUAACUUAGAUCCAUUAAUUUCAAUGGCUCUAUUCUGAGUAAAACUUGGUUGCAUAACUGUGUUUUUCCAGGUAUGAGGAUUAGAAAAUAGAAGUAGUUGCUGGUAAAUAAUUGGGGCAUUCAAAUCACAUGCAAAGUGCUUAUCAGCCUUUUCUGUCUAUCUCCUCUUCCUAUUUUUUUCUUGCAGCCUCAGUCCAAGUCCCCUGGGAACGAGCAAUUUCUCCCAAUAAGGUCCCAUACUACAUCAAGUGAGUGUGCAACAGCAUCUGAAUGAGUUUCUGGUCUUGUCCUAUCCCUUGUGACUGAGAGCAGUAUUCAGUUUUUCUUGCCACGUAUUCAGGCAUCUUACCCACAACCAACCCCCAGAUUGCAGUCAAUAAGAUUUGUAAGUUCUCUGUGGAACUGUGGGAGUCUGGGAUCCCCAAGACAUCCACAUGUUUGAACCGCCAUAUUGCUUUAUUUCAUGAUUGGCAUUGCUGUGAUUUGCACAUCAGCAUAAACAAUUAUUUAUCUGUACCUGCAUCCUCUGGGAUUUUCCAGGACAUUCCUUCUCCCAAUCCCAAAUCACACAAGGUGUCUACAGUUUUGUUUAGUUUUAAAUAUAAUUUUUAUUAAAGAUUUCUUAGUUUACAAAAAAUACGUACAUUGUCUGUUUUUUCAAGAUGUGUUUGCUACAGAUCAGUUUCAUUUGUUGUGAAACAUUACUGUUACAUGCAGUGUUAGGUUUGGAAGAAAAGAGGGGGGGAGGUGGCAUGGGGAGCAAUGCUUCUGUUUUUCUGCUUAGUGUAUGUGUGGGGUUUUGUUUCAGCGUCACUUGUGCGGGUUCUCUUUCUAUAUACUAUUUCCCAUACUAUUUGGUACCAUUGGUCCAUGACAAAAUGUCUACAGUCGUACCGGUACACAACUCUUGAAAAUAUGUGUGUGUGUGGAACACACCAAAUGUAAAUACACACGGCCUAGGACCCUGGUACCUCUGGGACCACCUCUCCCGGUAUGCCCCACGGAGGACCUUAAGGUCCAUAAAUAGCAACAGCCUAGAGGUCCUGAGCCCUAAGGAAGUCAGAUUAGCUUCAACCAGAGCCAGGGCCUUUUCAGCUCUGGCUCCGGCCUGGUGGAACGCUCUGCCUCACGAGACCAGGGCCCUGCAGGAUCUGAUUUCUUUCUGCAGGGCCUGUAAGACAGAGUUGUUCCGCCCGGCCUUUGGCUUGGAAUCAACUUGAUUCCCUCCCCCUCUUUUCUUUUUCCUUUUUCCUUCUGUGAUGGAACUCCUAUUUGGGGACUUCCCUGGCUUUUUUCUGGCCCACGUAGGACCAGUCUGGAUAGUUGGCCUUGGUGAAGAUUUGACGUUUUCAUCCCCAAAAAGUUUUUGUUUUGAGUUUCCACUGAAAUGAGGCUGCUUUUUAAUGUUGUAUUUUAAUCUUGUUUUAAGUUGUAUUUUAAUCAAUUGUUUUUAUACUUGGUGUUAGCUGCCCUGAGCCCAGUCUUGGCUGGGGAGGGCGGGGUAUAAAUUAUUAUUAUUAUUAUUAAAUAAUAUGUAACUUCCUGUUAUUGAAUUCCUCUCAACCUCUUUAUCUUUUCAGCCACCAGGCUCAGACAACAUGCUGGGACCAUCCCAAGAUGACUGAGUUAUACCAGACACUGGGUAAGAAGGACUUUAAAGUCUGCAAGGUCUGCAUCACAACUAUUGUUAUGGACUACUAGACAAUCUGCCAGUGGGAGGAGGAGGAGAAGCUUCUGCACUGGAUGUGAUGUCUUUCUCGGAGUGCUUCCUAUUAUUUGAGCAUUCAUCCAGAUUUAUUUGCAGGGAGAUCAGAUAAUGUUGGUUAUUUAUUCUGAUUUGCGUGGCAAGUUCCUGCCGCCCCCCAGUGGAAAUAAUGACACAUGACACAAUUAUUAAGGUUAAUGGGCUAAAUAAGGCCACAACUUUAUUGGUUACAUGUGAUGAGCGGUAUUGGCUUAGGCAUUGGUCCUAACUGACUAUAUCCGACUUCAGCCUGUCCGCUUGAAGUCCGGGAAGGGUUAACCACCAGUAGGAGGAGUCCUGCUGAUGCACAUCAACUAGGAACUCCCCCAGGGUCACCAAUAGGGGCGUGCCUUAGGCCUUCCCCUCCCCAGGCUUCGGACAGGCCACAAACAGCUGGCAGGCAGCAGGCCACACCGAUUGGCUGGCCAGGAGGUGACGCUGCUAGGAAUCCCCCCAAUCGCGCAGGGGCUGGGUUCCAGCUGCCGCGCACAUGGUAGGGCCGUGAAGCCCGCAACUCCACCUCCUCUGAAGGGCGUAAGUGGCUUUGCUUGGACGGUGGAGUUAGUUGACAUUGUGCCGGAGCAAGUGUCAUCCACCCACUUUCCAAUGCAUUUCCCUCUUCAAUUUCCUUAUUGUAAAAAGUCAGGUCUUUUGCAGAGGAGAGUUUGUGCAAGACCUCCCUGUCAAUUUCAUAACAUGAAUUUGCGUCUGUGUGAUUAAAUGCCACUCAAUAACAGCAACAGGCUGGAAGCACCCUCACUUUGGGAUAAAGUGAAGGAUAGGGCGAUGCUUCUCGGUCCAAUUUUGUAACAAGAACCACAAGAGUUGUGGUGUUGUGGUCAGAGUAUAGGACUAAGACCUGGAUGACUGGAGUUCAACUCCCUGCUCAGCUAUGAAACUCAUUGGGUGACCUUGAGCCAGUCGCAGUCUCUCAGCCUUACCUACAAGGUAGUUAUGAGGAUAAAAUGUGGAGGAAGAGAACUAUGUAUGUCACCUGCAGCUGAUGGGAGUUAAGGUUCAAAGCACUUGCAGUGCAUGAAGUUGGCAAAGCAAGAAUGACAAGGAAAUAGUGCCAACCUUAGUGGAGGACACCAAGUUGGCAAAGGACACCCUGUGGUUUCAUUUUUCUUUCUGUCCUUGUCUACAGCUGACCUGAACAACAUCAAGUUUUCUGCAUAUCGCACAGCCAUGAAACUGCGCCGUGUACAGAAGGCCUUGCGAUGUAAGCCCCAGAAUUCCCUCCUGUUCUUCCUCUUGUACCAGCCGUGUUGCCUAAUUAGGGAUAAUUUUCACAUUCUAUAAACUGGAGCUAUGAUAUGCAUGAAGGAACAACACACAAACAUACAGUAUUUGUUUUCCACUUAUUCCACUUAUUUCUGUGUCUUCUCAUAUUUUUAUUGCCAGGACCUCUAAUGCUAGAAUGAAGAGCAGUGGCAAUAAAGGACAUCCUUGUCUAGUACCAUUUUUCAUACUGUACCUCUUGCUUAGGUUACCAUAUAUUAUUAUAUUUGCCCAUUGUUCUAUAUAUAUGGCUUUUAGCCCUUUGGUGAAGGCAGUCCCAAAAUCCAUAACUUCUAUAACUCCCAUCAAGAACCAUUGCCAAAUGCUUUUUCUGUGUCAAGGAACAUUAAAGUUGUUUCUUUUUCAUUUUUCUUCUCUUAAGAGUUCAGUUAUAUUCAAUAUAUGCCUAGUGUAAUUUCUUAACUGCCUCGAUGGCAGGAAACCUGUUUGAUCUUGAAGUAUGAAAUUUCUUAGAAUUGCUCUCAUUCUUUUUGUCAUUAUACUAGCUGCAUAUAUCUUGUAAUCAUUGUUUAAUAAGGAAAUCGGCCUAUAGAUUUUAAGCUGUAGUACAUCCUGCUCUUGUUUAGAGAUUAGUGUAAUAUAUGCAUUUUCCUAUAAUGUUGGUAUUUGCUUUCCUGGGAGGAUUCCAUUCAUUAAGUCUUUCAGUGGGGAUGUUUAACACAUCUCGAAAUAUUUUAUAGUAGGAAGCCGGAAGUCUGCCCACCACCACCACCCCGCCUUAAAAAUAUAAGGCAGUACAGAAAUGAAAUUAACAACAACAACUGUCAAUUGCAAAGGGUGCCUCUUUUUUAUUAGUUGGUAGCAUAGGUGACGCCAUUUUGCUGUGCCUCGAGUUGUUUUCAAACACAAAGACUUUGUACCUUUUUAAUUGUAGCCCUGAUUAUCUUUGUCAUGAUGGGGGGGGGGAUCUUUCUUGCUUCCUGUGACAAAUCUAUAACAGGUUUGUUUUUUGUUUUUUCAUCUCCCACUUCCAUUUCUGACCACCUUUUCUCUGGGCACCACAGUGGACUUGGUGACGCUACCAACAGCCUUGGAGGUCUUCAGCGAACAUGAGCUGCAGCCCAGCGACCACGUGAUGGAUGUGGUGGAGGUGAUCCACUGCCUGACCGCCCUUUACGAGCGGCUCGAGGAGGAAAGAGGCAUCCUGGUGAACGUCCCCCUCUGUGUGGACAUGACCUUGAACUGGCUGCUCAAUGUUUUCGAUAGGUACCCAUAAAGGCAUCCAUACCAAUAAGAGAUGCCUUAGCAGACUAGUAAUGUUUUAAUGUGAUUGUUUUAUUGUGUAUUUUAAUGAUAGAGGCUUGUAUUUUAAUGCUUGUGUAAACUGGUUUUUAUACUUUGUAAACUGUUUAGAAACUGGUUUCGGGGUAUAAAAAUUCAUUUGGAAGGUGCCGAGUGUGGCAGUAUGAAAAUGGGCUUCACCUGUGGGUCCUCCCCAUUUGUGAAAUGCUGUCAUGCCAGGCACCAUGACUAUCUGUUUUAAGCAUCUGAAUAUUGUUAUCCUCCCAGGCCUUUGACUUUAAUCUCCCGCUUUUCUCUUUUAGUGCAGGGUUUCCCAAUCAUGGGUCUCCAGCUGUUUUUGGACUACAGUUCCCAUCAUGCCUGACCACUGGUCCUGCUAGCUAGGGAUGGUAGGAGUUGUAGUCCAAAAAGAGCUGGAGAUACAAGUUUGGGGAAUCCUGUCUUCGUGGGAUGGGGUUGUUCUUUUAUACAAAUUAUUGUGGGCAUUUUCAGUUGUUCUAUGCCUCUCAUUUUCCUACUUAAAUGUUUGUUUUCAUAAGUUGCUUUGAGUUCACGUUUCUGAAAAAAGCAACACAAUGAUGAUUAUGAUAGGAAAUCCACAAGCAGUGUAUUGUAGAGAUGGUUGUUCUGUGUUCCAAGCACCUGAUAAAAGCAGGCAGACUCCCUCUAAACAUGAAGUUUCAUAAAGUCUGUGUCUUCAGGGGCAAAGGUGGAUUGGAUUGGUUGGUAUCUCCACUGAGGCUUCUGUCAGUGGAGACUGGCAUGUGGUCUGGAUGGCUAUGAUGUGGCAUUGCAAGGAAAAGCCUGUUUGUUAUAGGUUGGGUUUGCCAAGCAAGACACAGACCACCAGCCAUGCCCUGUUGCCUGCAAGGUGCUAUGCACACACCCUGCUGGAAAUGCAUGUUUUUUAUUGAGCUCCUAGUGGGCUAUCAUGCCUUUGCAGGCCUGUUCUGGGAGGCCUGGUUCUGCCAGCACUGUUUGGUGGAAACCACUACAGAGUCUCAUCUGCUGUGCAGAAAUUGGUCACUUGUAAACUGAGCCAAAAAAGGGGGGGGGUUUGCAGGUUUCCCCCCACCCCACUCACCCUGCGCCUUUUGUCUUCCAGUGGACGCAGCGGGAAGAUGCGGGCUCUCUCCUUCAAGACAGGCAUAGCAUGUCUGUGUGGCACGGAGGUGAAGGAAAAAUUUCAAUGUGAGUCAUCCGGGGGAGAUGGUUGAUGAAACCAGAGUGUGGGAGGCUUUCAGGUUUGGAAAGGUGGAGAGAGGCGAGUGCAGGAGGAGUCACAGCUGCAUCACAAUUCACCUGCCUGCAUCCCUUCCAGUAUUGCACAGAUGGAAAUAUGGCAGGAAGCCUUUUAUAUUGCUCACAAAGCUCCUGUUUCCUGCAGCGGAGGAGAGAGCAUUCUUUCAUGGGUUCCUCGUCCCACUUGCAUGAAUAGGCCUGCACACAAAUCAGUCCUGCACAUGCCAUCCUGCAUGACAGAAAAACACCCUCUCAGUUCCAGUCCUGCCUUGCUCCAAGGAACAGGGCUUCCACAGUGCUCCACUGAAUUUUAAAGCAGACCAGCUAUUUCCCUCCUGCCUAUCACAGUGCUGACAGGUGAGGAAUGUCCAGAGAGAUGAAUUAGCUCUUCAUUGUCUAAAGUACACUUGCAAAUUAGGAAAAGGCAGGACCAUCCGUCCUAUGUCUCUCAGCCACUCCUAGCUGUGCAGUUGCUGCGACAGAGAGGACCUGCCCCUGACCUCAGCUUAUGUACCUCCCCCACCCAAGCGGCACACAAGCAGCUGGAGACUCUGCCUGCGUGUAAGCUUCUGCUCCUCCCACUUCAGUCCUCUUCUGGUCCUGGGAGACAGCGGAGCAGGAGAGCUAGGAGCAGGACGAGGAGAUGUGGAAGCCCUUGACUCUACACCAGCCUGACCUAUCUCUCCCUCCUCCUGCACCUGUUCUCCCCUCUCCAAUCCUGCAGCUCCUCCUGCCUCUGACUCUCGUCUCCUGGCUCUUACAGGCUCCCCCAGAUCACUGAUCCCUUCUUCCAAGCCAGCAUCCAACCCCCCCACCCCUUUUCCGGUGCCCACUCAUCAAAAUCAAACCACAGCUCCUCAGCUUCCAGCCAUUCCCUGAAUCUGCCCCUGCAGGGUGGAAGGCAAUUGGCAACAUGCAAGGGUCCUGUGGCAUACUAGUUUACAGGGGCUGCGCAUCCCGUUUUGCCACCUGAGGCAAAACAAGAAGUGCCACCUUGCCCUGCCCUACUGCUCCCACCACUGCUGCCAUACUUGUUGCUGUUGGCACCACUUCUCUGCCUGCCCUGCUGCCUUUGCCACAGAUGCAGGAGCAAAGCUGCCAUCAGUGCCAUUUUUGGGCAAUAUAUUGCCUGAUUUGGGCGAGAUAUUGCCAAAAUUAUGCAAUAUCUUGCUUUCUUGCAAGAUCUCAUUUGAUUUGGGGUGUGAUUUCAUCUGAUACAGGUGCCACUUCAGUGCCACCUAAGGUACACCCACAGAACUGCCACCUUGCGAACUUCUGCUACCUGAGGCAGCUGCCUCAGUUUGCCUAUUGGCAAAGCCAGCUUUGGUGGUUGGUUUGAAAAGGUUACUCGGGGACAGAAAGGUUUGCAAACCACUGCCUUAGGGCAUAUCUUUACUACAGAUAUAGUUGUAGAAAUGCAAUUUUGUUGGCAUUUUAAUGUGAAACUAACUAACACACACUUCUCAAACCAAUAUACAAACCAAAACAAAGCUGUCCUUCAGAAUUUGCACUUCCCUGAAUUUUGUGGUACAUUUCUUCAACCAAACAAUCUGGAUGAAAAAAAAGAAUGUAUUGGGGAAAAUGGUGCAUAAAAUGCAAAAUAUUAGUGAAAAUAUAUGUACAAAGAUGCAUUUCAUUGGAGAAUAUAUAUAUUAAGAGAAAUCUGCACUAAAUUGCUGCUGAAUUUUCAAGAGUUUUUUUUGGGGGGGGGGGCUGCAGGAAAUAACCCUGCAAAUUGUUUUAUAAAAAGGAGAAACUGAGAGAAAUCGAAACUGACAGAUUCCUCCAUCCUUAAUUGCAGAUUAUUGUAAUCAUCAUCAUGACUUCUCUCAAAGGAUCCUGGUAAUUGUAGUACCCUUAACAAACUGCAGCUCCUAUGAUUCUUUGGGGGAUGCCUUGACUGUUUAAAGUGCUAUGAUACUGCUUUAAAUUUAUAGUGCAGAUGGGCCAUGGUUAAGAGUGAUACCUUCUUUCAAAGCUUGACUUUCACCACUGAUGCUUGUCUUUCCCCAUGUUUUCAUAGCUCUGGGAAAAGCUGCAGUUUGAGUCUCUCUCCUUUCUUUCUUUCUUUCUCUCUCUGUCUCUUCCUCCCUCCCUCAUCCCACCCUUUGUGGGGGCCCCAUGCUCUUCCCUCGCACCUUUCAGAUCUCUUCAGCCAGGUGGCAAAUGCCAGCGGACUCUGUGACCAGCGACACCUUGGCGUCCUUCUUCACGAGGCCAUCCAGGUACCACGGCAACUCGGGGAGGUGGCAGCCUUUGGAGGGAGCAACGUGGAGCCCAGCGUUCGCAGCUGCUUCCGAUUUGUACGUGACACAGGUGGUGCUUUGUCCAUGUUGACGCUACAAGGAGAGAUUCCUUUUGCCACGGGAGUUGUUGAGGGAGCCAGUGGGUCAUAUUUCUUGGGUGUCUCUCAGUGGCUUAGGAGUGGCUUUUCUGUGGUUCCUUCCCUCACAGCUGCAAGUUACGUUUCAAGGCCUGUUGGCACAUGAGUGGGCCCAGUUGCGCAGCUUUCCCCCCCCCAAAAAAAACCCCAACAGCCAGCCAAAAUGAAUGGACAAGUGGGGGGGGAGGCCUCAUGUUUCCACUCACCUUGCACUCGGCCUUUAACGUUCCAGCAACGGCUCAGAGUUGAAGGCACACGUAACUUGCUCAUUAUGUUUCUACCAUAACAUGAAAAGUGCCUUAGUCUUUUAAUAAGAAGCCACUCAACUGCCUUUGUCACCUCUUGACAGUCUUAUCCCUUUGUUUUAGGUUUGUCGAGUUUAUGAAUCACUUCCCACAACCAAAAAGUCCUGAAGAAAUUUAAGACAUGCAUAAAAUGCAGUAAUCAAAAUAUAUAAGCUUAUAGAAAGCAUAGUCAGAGUAAAGACACCCAGUCUUUGGUGCUGCCCAAACACCCAGAAAAAAACCCUCAAACAUCUUUUCCUGGCACCAAAACAAUGGCAGAGUUGGUGCCAGGCAAGAUUCCCUAGGGAAGAGCAUUCCAUAGACAGAAAGCUACUACAGGAAAGACUGCCUUCAGAUGGAAGUCCACUUAGCAUCAACUAUUGUGACGUGAUUUAGGCUUAGGACCACCUUUCUUCAUAGGUCCUCAAGAUCUUCAGUAGAGAGUUUUCAAUGGGACACUGCAAUCUGAGGUGAAGUGAGUGGGUAUCAGGAAGAUGUCCUUCUUGAUUGGUAGUACCCCGAUUGUGGAAUGUUCUUGCCAGCAAGGUUCUCCUGGUGCCUACAAUGUUAUCUUUUUGACACUAGGCAAAGGUUUUGUUUUUGUUUUGAACCAAGCUUUUCCCCUUAUGUUUUGAUUCUGGUUGCUUCAAUGCUGCUUUGAGACCUGCCGCCUUCUUAGUUUUUACAUUUUAUUGGUAUUGGAAACGUUGCUUGCUUUGCUGUGUAUUACUUUUUAAACAGAAAGUACACUGGGAAUCGGAAGGGUGAUAUAAAAAAAAAGUCUUUAAAGAUCACCAUGUAGAAUUUCAAGGAAUUUUUAUGCACUAUAUCGUUUUAAGCAGAUUAAAUCAUUUGUAGGAGCAGAGAUGUCAGUACGAUCAGCGCCAUUUUGGAAGGGAAAGAGGAUAUAUGUACCAAAUGUGCAGCCCUGCAAUCCAUUCAUAUGACUAGCGAUCAGCACCUGCCUCACUUCUCUUCCUCUUAGGGUAAUGGGAAACCAGCAAUUGAGGCUAUCCAGUUCCUGGAAUGGGCUAACCUGGAGCCACAGUCAAUGGUGUGGCUGGCAGUACUGCAUCGAGUGACUAUAGCCGAGCAAGUUAAACACCAGACCAAGUGCUCUGUCUGCCGACAAUGCCCUAUCAAAGGAUUCAGGUAUGGGGUGUGCUACAGUAGACAGCUUCCCAUAUGCACUGUGAUAACAGGGUGCUGGAUUAGUUGGGCCAUUGGUCUGAUCCAGCAGACUUCUUCCUCUGUCUUUAGGCCCAUGACAUUUGAUGUCCACGGGUCCAUUCCCUCUGUACAUAGAGGUACCAUCUAGCUAUUAUAAGUAAUAGCUGCUGAUAGAACUUUUCCUCCAUAGCUCAUCAUAUGUUCCUAUAUUCAAAUGGAAUCCUACAGCAAAAACAUCCCUGCACGUCGAAACACUUCUUUCUGUGCACUCAUUUUCUAUGUUGAAGCCUUAAAAAAAGUGGAGGUGGGCAUUAAUAAGAACGUCGGGAGCUGCCUUAUUAUCUUGUAUUCUUAUUUAUUUAUUCAGUCUAGAUACCACCCUUUAUCAAAAGAUCCCAGGGCAGUGCACAACAUAUAGAGCACAUUUUACGGAGCACAAAAAUAAAAAAAUGGCCAAAGGCCUGGGUAAAGAGGAAUGUUUUGCCUAGCGCCUAAAGACACGUAAUGAUGGCGCCAAGCGAGCCUCUCUGAGUCAGACCAUUCAUCCAUCUAGCUCAGUACUGUUUACUCUGAUUGGCAGGUGCUCUCCAGAGUUUGAGUCAUGGGGACAUUCCCAGUCCUACCUGGGAUUGAAUCUGGGAACUUAAGUGUGCAAGGCAAAUGCUCUACCCCUGAGCAAUGGUCCUCCCCAAACAUACAAACCCUACUUGCGUCCUGACAUGGGUGGAGUCUAGGAGAUGCUUUAUUAUUUUGAUGCUGCUGGUUUUAUGCCCCAGCCCUGAUUGCCCUUUGUUCCAGGUACCGAAGCCUGAAGCAGUUCAAUGUGGACAUCUGCCAGACUUGCUUCUUGACUGGGAGAGCCAGCAAAGGCAACAAGCUGCAUUAUCCCAUUAUGGAAUACUACACAAUGGUAAGGGACGCGGGUGGCGCUGUGGGUAAAACCUCAGUGCCUAGGACUUGCCGAUCGCAUGGUCGGCGGUUCGAAUCCCCACGGCGGGGUGAGCUCCUGUCAUUCAGUCCCAGCUCCUGCCCACCUAGCAGUUCAAAAGCACCCUUAAGUGCAAGUAGAUAAAUAGGUACCGCUUUAUAGCGGGAAGGUAACAGCGUUUCCGUGCGCUGCGCUGGUGCUGGCUCGCCAGAGCAGCUUCGUCACGCUGGCCACGUGACCCGGAAGUGUCUUCUGACAGCGCUGGCUCCCGGCCUCUUAAGCGAGAUGAGCACGCAACCCCAGAGUCGGUCACAACUGGCCCGUAAGGGCAGGGGUACCUUUACCUUUACCUUUACACAAUGGUAAUAUAGGCAAGAAGUUGUCUGGAGAAAACUGUUUGGGGGGACACUGGUAUUUGACCAAUGACACUGUUCAUGUUUGACCAAUGAACUGUUCAUGGAGCAAGCUCUGGACCCAUUACUUAGGCCUAGGCCAAGGGUGAGAAACUUCUGGGCCUCCAGAUGUUGUUGAACUCUAGUUCCCAUCAGCUCCAGCCAGCAUGGCCAAUUGUCAGGGAUGAUGGGAAUUGUAGUUCAGCAACACUUGGGGUAGGGCACAGGUUCCCCAGCUUGCCUGCAUAACAAGUUACCAGCAUUACCAAGCCUACCCUAUUUUUAAAAAGGUAUGGGAAGAAAAUACACUUUUCGAUAGAAUAAAAACAGGCUUGACCCAGUGUUCUUUUAUUCAGCCUGCACACAAAAAUACAGAAAGAACAUAGAGGACUGACUAGUCAUAUAAUAGCUUCUAGACCAGAAUAUGCUAAAUAUGAAAAAAAUAACUACAGCACCAUAUAUAGAAUAAUGGAGAUUAAAAUAUGUGGGAUUUGACAGUAAUUGUAGCCUGACCUGUACUGUUGCAAGUCUUGAAUAAAGCUUUAUUUCUUACUCAUAGGUAAGAGCUUUUGUUGUAACAUUUAGGGAAGUUUUUAAUGUUUGAAGUUUUAUUCCGUCUUUAAUGUUCUGUUGAAAGCCACCCAGAGUGGCUGGGGAAACCCAGCCAGAUAGUGGGGUGGAAAUUAUUUAUUAUUAUUAUUAUUAUUAUCAUUAUUAUUAUUAUUUCGUUUGGGAGGCAGGACAGUAAUGUCCACCUUGACAUCUUUUCUAAGAACAAAUGAGAAUUAUCAAAGAGGAAAUGAGUUUCUGGAGAACUGGGCACCUGUUUUUGCAAACUGAAUUUAAUGCUGGAUCCACAACUAUGCUUUUAAGAAAAAUUAACAUGAAGGGUUGUCUUCAACUAAAUUCUGCACAGAGUAGACCCAUUUAAAUUAAGGGACCUAAGAAAUUAAUGUCAUUUAAUUUCAGGGGACCAGAUCUGAGUGUGACAAACUCUGGAUACAACCCAAAUAACUUUGAAAAACACUCCUAACAAAUGCAUGAAAAUGAUUUUCAAGUUAGGAUCAGUAGUAUUCUGUAUAUUUUCUAUAAGGUCAAUCUAUUUUUUAUCUUAAGUUUACUAUAUAUAGUGUAUGAAUCACUAUCCUGAUUGGGCAGUAAACAGGUGUGUGAACGAAGCCUCUGUUCCUCUCUGCAGACCACAUCUAGUGAGAACAUGAGGGACUUUGCCACCACCCUGAAAAACAAGUUCCGGUCGAAGCAGUAUUUCAGCAAGCAUCCCCAAAGAGGGUACCUGCCGGUCCAGUCCGUCCUGGAGGCAGAUUUCAUUGAAACGUAAGUCCUGGUCCUGGCUGCAAAUUCCCCACCCUCUUCCUUGAUCGAUGGACAUCUUCGUGAUGCUUGCUGGGUGAGAAGAAAAGGGGGAUGGAGAACAUGCAACAGUGGCGUAGCGUGGGUUGUCAGCAUCCGGGGCAAGGCAAGUAAUUUGCGCCCCCUGCGAGUGCGAGCUGCGAGUGCGAGCGCCCCCCCCAGAUGUUGCGCCCGGUGCAGCCGGCCCCCCCCUGCACCCCCCACGCUACGCCACUGACAUGCAAUGCUCAGGUGUUGAACUCCCAAAUCCUAUCUGCAUGGCCGUUGCUCAGGGAUUUCGGUAACUAGAGUCCAGCAACAUCUGGGUAGCCACAGGUUCCCCAUCUCUGGCCUCAACAGAACUUAGACCAAACCUAGAAUUCUGGGAAGCAAAGAAUUCCCUAUCAGCGGUGGAUGGAUGGCCUGGAGUAAUAAAAUGUGUAAUCAUUGAAAUCUCUUUACAUGAUUUACAUAAAAUAUACAUUAAGGUUAACUAUAGAAAUCAGAGGUUAAAGACAAGUUGACUUUAAACAAUUCCAAAAUAAAUAAAAUCAGUUGUUAAAAAUUUACAUUAUAAAAAUAAAGAAAACUACCUAUUGAAAUGUACGUCAGCUUUCCAUAUCUGGUUCAACUUGUCUAAACAAAGAAGUUUUUAGUAGGCACUUUAAACAAUACAAUUAAGAGGCCUACCUAGUAUCAAUGUGCAAGGAGUUCCACCAUUGUUUCCUUACAACUGCAGAAUUGGAUAUUGUGUGGUGCUUGUAAAAAGUUCCAGUUCCAUCUUCUAAUACCAGCUGCUCCUACUACUAGGAUAAUAAGAUUCCAAAGGUAAUUUUGCACAAACUUCAUCUGUCAUCACAGCUGAAGGUGAAGGAAUCCACACCAGGGUGCCAUCAGCUCAGUAGUGAUGAGAAGCAAUGUCCCCACUAAGUCCAGCAUUCCAUUCCUUCUAGGAAUGCUCAUGCACAACUGGUGCAUGGAUUGGAGAAGAGGCUGCAGGUUAGGAGCAGAGCAAAUGCUUUGCAUGCAGAAGAUGGAAAAGACCCCACUCGGCCCAAGACCCUAGCAACCUCUGCCAGUCAGAGAAGAUAGUACUGAGCUAGAUGGAUGAAUACCCAGGCCUGGUAUAAGGCAGCUUUCUGUGAUCCUUUGCUGUCAGUCUUCAGAAGUCACAGUUGCAUAGUGUAAAUCAGGGAUGGGGAACCUGUGAUCUUCCAGAUGUUAUGGGAAUAAUACUCCCAUCCUUCCGGGACAUUAGUCAAAGUGACUCGGGGCUGAUGGGAGUUGGAAUCCAACAGCAUCAAAAGGGCCGUAUCCCUGUGCUGUUUCUGCGGGGGGGGGGGGGUGUUUUGAAAAGUCUUGAGUCAUUGGCAGUCAUUACUCUGGUGUAAUAGCUGGGCUUGUGGAGGUAUCAAUUAGUGGGAGAUUUGGCAGGAGCUCAACAGCAUAUGGGUGGCCACUGGUUCCCCACCCCUGUUGCAGCAGAUAACACCCCCUUCCCAAAGGUCAAAAGGUCUCCCCACAGACUUGUUGUUCAUUUGUUUAUAAAAAUGCUUAUAUACCACAAUUUCAUUUUUUUAAAAAAAUCUAAGUUGCUUACAACAGUGUUACACACGCACACACACACACACACACACCCCCCACCAUAUAAAAAGAGUAACAUCACAGAUUAUCAGCUAACUAUUACAGGAAAAUGUUUUCUUAAUAGUCUGCAUAAACCUGACAACAUUGGUAAGUUUUCAGGAGAUGCUUAAAGGGUAAUAUAGAAGACACCUACUGAAUCCAUCAGAUGCCAGUGAGAUAAAGCACUACACAACUUUUAGAAGACAUCUGAAGGCAGUCCUAUAUCGGGAAGUUGUUGGUGUUUGAUGUUUUAUUAUGUUUUUAUAUGUGCUGAAAGCUGCGCAGAAUUGCUGGGGAAACCCAGCCAGAUGGGCAGGGUAUAAUAAUAAUAAUAAUAAUAAUAAUAAUAAUAAUAAUAUAAUAAUAAUAACAAGAAGAAGAAGAAGAAGAAGAAGAAGAAGAAGAAAAGAAGUAUUAUUAUUAUUAUUAUUAUUAUCAUCAUCAUCAUCAUUAUCACCACCACCACCAUCAUCAUCAUCACCAUCAUCAUCAUCAUCAUCUCUACUGGAAGAGGCUUCCACAGGACUAUGCUGUUGAUGCUUGAAGCCUCAGUUUUCUGUCAAUGUCAAACAAGCCUCAUGAACUCAGGAGGUGACCAAUGACACUCCUACAGAUUAUAGCAGUGACUGAGCUGGGAUAGAAGAGUUCAAGCAGUCCCUUAAGUACCAUGGACCUAAGUUGUUCAGGGCUUUGUAAAUUAAUGCAAGCACCUUGUUUUACCUGCCUAGAUGCACGACCGGUGCAGUUGACACUUUCAUUAGACCCCUGCUAGGCAACUGCUGACAAUGUCAUACCUCAGUCCUUCGUGACUUCUGCUUGUUCCUUUCAGGCCAGCCUCCUCUCCCAUGUUACCUCAUGCAGAUACUCACUCUCGGAUCGAACACUUCGCCAGCAGGUACCACUUGACACCCCUAAGAAAGGGGUCGGGCCAAAAUGUUGGGUGGUAUGGGGAAUGGGGUGGCACAGCCAGUAUGACAGAUACAGUGAGUGGAGGAAAACCUGGUACAUCAGAAAAGCGCUCUGUAGCAAAGGCAGAAGGUGACUGUCUCCAACGCUCCAAACACUACAAUCAGGCCUUUGCAGGGUGGGGGGCAACUGGGUACACUUGCUCUGGGCCUUGGAAGGCUAAGCUGGCCAGGGGACCCUGCAAGGGACUGGCUUCUUUUUGGUUUGAGUUUAUAACUUUAUUCUAACUAUUCUUUUGCUCUGGGCCUUAGACAAGUUCUAUAUGGGCCUGACUACAAUAGCACUGCUAAGAAGACAGAGUUCCAUUUAAGGAUAAAACUUAAAAUUCCCAGAAUAUUGAUGGCUUCUAGCUGUGGGCUUCUUCAGAUGUCCUUUUAAUUGUGUAUUCAUGAUUAUUUUUGUUCAUGGUGGUAUCAAGGGUGGUUAUCAGUGAUCCUGCUUUCUGAUGAGUGGUUGUUGUUUUUCUUUGGGCAGGGGUAUUUUAAUAAAUGGAGAAUUCUCUAGAAGCCUAGAUCCAGGUUUGGGGCAGGUACUCUUUGGAGAGAGAGCUCCAGCAGAGAUUUAAAACUGCAAAACAUGCAACAAAGUAAAGCAUGGAAAUGUAGGCUAGAAGAUGUUUAAAAUAUCCCCUUUUAAAUAUCCCCAUUUCCCAUAGCAUAGAAAGAGACCAGGCAUUUGGUACGUUAAAAAUGUUUUACUUACAAACUCAAACUCAUGUGCUUUUCCAUACAGCAGCAAGAAAAGACACCUUAGAUUCCAAAAUGGUAAAUGUUUCUAAGUUAUUUGUAUAGAAACACAAAGAUGGCUUGUGUAAGCCAUGUGGUCUAAGCUUGGAACAUCCAGCUUGGACCUCCUUAUUGCAGAGGUGAAUUUAGAGGAGUGCAACCAGCAGUAGGCAACUAUGCUUUAGAGUGGAGUGUGAGAGGCAAGGCAAUAUUUAAACUGCUAAUUUGGAGGAGCUUGUUUCAUACCCAGAAUUUCCUACCCUCAUGAGAGCUGCAAUUUCUCUCCUCCUGUGGCCAUCCACCUGGUACCUUUUGGGAUCUUCUGGAAAGAUCUUCUGUCUUUCCUCGCUACUUCCAUGAAGUUCAUUGCCCCUCUUCUGUUUUCCUGUAGGCUUGCAGAGAUGGAAAGCCAGAAUUCCUCCUUUUACAACGACAGCCUUUCUCCGGAUGACAGCCUGUGAGUUGCUACUGUCCUCCUUGCAAAUUCUACUGAAAUCUGUGUGCUUUCUGUCAGUUGCAAAGCUAGGGGGUGGGGGGUACCAGGGUCCAACCAGAGGUCAUAUUUAAUUAGGCAACUUCACACUGCAACCACCUGCAUUUAUAUUUGGACAUAGGAGGUUUAUUGAGUUCAAUGGGACUAACUGCCGCGUGACUGUGUAUAAGGCUUCACGUUUAGGCUGUGAUCUCUUGGCAGAUGUCCCCAACCCUUUAUCCUCCACUCCUUCAUUUGGGCAGAGAAGGAUUCCAUGUGGACAUUCCCCCACUUCCGCUGGGUGGGGAAAAUGAGCACUAAUACAGCACAUAACCUCACUUCUAUCAUAUAUCUUGCUUCUCCCACUUGCAAUUGCAUGUGGACUCACCCAGAGUCAAACCUGGCCUACGUUUCUUGGAAAGGAGCAAACAGCAUGGCAAACAAAAGUUAGCAUGCUACCCAUGCUUUUUACAGGUACCUUGAGAUUUCCUACACGUAGCGAGAAAUAUUUACGCAUUCAAAUUCUCUCCUGCUCUACCUCCCAAGGCCAUCUUCUUCCUGUCCCAUCAGUGCAAGUGUUCUUCAGGUAGAAUGUGCAGUAGGCCAGCUGGUUCUGUUUCCCAGGUGACCAGCACCUAGGCCAUGCACAUUUAUUUAUUUCAGGCAAUUUUAUCCUCUUCAGGCAAAAUGCCUCCCAGGACAGCUUACAAACUAGCAGUGACAACCAAGACCCAAUACACCCCUUGCCCACAGGCUGACAAUCUAAAAGAUGCAUCACAGAAAGGGGAAAGGGAUACAGAGCCAUGGGUGUGAGUGUGCAAUGACAUCAGGAAACAGGAAGGCAAGGCUAAAGCCAUCGCAAGUAGCAGAAUAAGGUGAAGGGUUGUAACUCGGUGGUAAAGCAUCUGCCUCGCAUGGUUCAGUCUCCAGCAUCAGCAGGUAGGACAGGGAGAGACUUCUGCCUGAAAUCAUGGAGAGCUGCUGCCAGUCAAAGUAGACAACACUGAGCUAGAUGGACCAAGGGUCUGAUUUAAUGUAAGGCAUUGAACUUCCUGUGAAGGGGGAGAGGCAGAAGCUUAGCAUGCCAAUUGUUUAGAUUAGUUCAGCAGGCCUGAUGCAAGGUGUAGUGUAGUGCAACAAACCACCCCAACUAAGACUUCUAGCUUCCUUGCAUUAACCUCAUCACAGCUCUGUCCACAACAGGGAUGAGGACCAGUACCUUUUGCGCCACUCCAGCCCUAUUACAGACAGAGAACCAGUCAGUAGUCAGCAGCCCCAGGACAGCACCAACACAGACGACAAAGGGGAACUGGAGAGAAUCUUGGCGCACCUGGAGGAUGAAAACAGGUAAGUGGGCAUGGCCAGCAGAGUUAUUGUAAUCAUUCCUUUUAUUACAGGUCUGUAAGAUGUGUGCACAUAUUUCUGGGAGGAAAGGAACAGAGCUUCCUAACAAUAUUUGCUUUCAUUCAUGAUAUUGGCAAAAAAAAAAAAAUCCCAUUGAUCCAAGACCUUCAGCAAUUUUCAAAGGUCCAGGGGUUGGAAAGUUUGGGAGCCACUGUUCUAGCUCUUGAGCACCUUUUUUUUUUUUAAAUAAUAAUUUUUUAUUAAGGUUUUAAACAAACAAAAAAGAAAAACAACAUACACAAAAAAACAAUACAAAACUUAACAAUAUAAACACAAAACAAUUAAUAACAAACUCUCUUUUCCAUUUCCAAUUUUAAGUUACUUAUUUUCUGGACUUCCUCAUACCUCCCUCUUUUGUAUUCCAAUCCACAUUUAUUUAUCCAGCAGUUUCUUUUCCACUUUUUUAAUCCCAAUCUUUAAUUUAAUAAAAUGUUAAAAUAUAUAACUUCAACUUUUUUAAACCUAAUCCUUGGUCUUAAUAUCCUGUAACUUUAAAGUUUUCCCUUUUAAUAUCAAAUUUCCAUUUCUUUAAACUUCUUUAAUCUUAAUCUUUAAUCUUAAUCUAUCCUUAACUUUAACCUGUGCAGCUGGAAACCACUUAUUUUCAGUCCAACAUCACUCUAACAUUCCUUAAUUUUGCAGUGUUUCUGAAGAUAGUCUUUGAAUUUCUUCCAGUCUUCCUCCAUCGACUCUUCUCCCUGGUCACGGAUUCUACCAGUCAUUUCCGCCAAUUCCAUAUAGUCCAUAAGUUUCAUCUGCCAUUCCUCCAGCGUGGGAAGUUCUUGUGUCUUCCAAUACUUUGCGAUGAGUAUUCUUGCUGCUGUUGUUGCAUACAUAAAGAAAGUUCUAUCCUUUUUUAACACCAUUUGGCCGACUAUGCCCAGGAGAAAGGCCUCUGGUUUCUUAGGAAAGGUAUACUUAAAUACCUUUUUUAAUUCAUUAUAUAUCAUUUCCCAGAAAGCCUUAAUCUUUGGGCACGUCCACCAAAGGUGAAAAAAUGUACCUUCAAUUUCUUUACAUUUCCAACAUUUGUUAUCGGGCAAGUGAUAGAUUUUCGCAAGCUUGACUGGGGUUAUGUACCACCUGUAUAUCAUUUUCAUAAUAUUCUCUCUUAAGGCAUUACAUGCCGUAAAUUUCAUACCUGUGGUCCAUAACUGUUCCCAGUCAGCAAACAUAAUGUUAUGACCAACGUCCUGUGCCCAUUUAAUCAUAGCCGAUUUUACCGUUUCAUCUUGAGUAUUCCAUUUCAGCAGCAAGUUAUACAUUCUUGACAAAUUCUUAGUAUUGGGUUCUAACAAUUCUGUUUCUAAUUUGGAUCUUUCCACCUGGAAGCCAAUUUUCCUGUCCAAUUUAAAUACCUCCAUUAUUUGAUAAUAAUGAAGCCAGUCUCGCACUUUGUUUUUUAGUUCUAGCUCUUGAGCACCUUAAGCCCCUGAUGCCAACAUACUCUUGCUACAUUCCUGAUCUUGUAUUUCUCCUUGCAGGGUUCUCCAGGGGGAGCUAAAGCGUCUGAAAUGGCAGCACGAGGAGGCAGCAGAGUCGGCAGAAGGAACUCCAGAAUCAGCACAGGAUCCACACAACGAAGAGCUGCUGGCAGAGGCCCGGAUCCUUCGACAGCACAAAAGCCGCCUGGAGACACGGAUGCAGAUCUUGGAGGACCACAACAAACAGUUAGAAUCUCAACUGCAGCGCCUGAGAGAGCUGCUUCUGCAGGUAUUGUCUGUGGGCUAUAUCUCAAAAAGAAAGUUCUUUGGCCUUCUUUGCAUAUGAUGCAUUCAUCCUCAGGUGACGUCAUUAGGAGCACAGGAAUCUGCCUUACACAUAGUUAAACCAUUGAUCCAUCUAGCUCAGUAUUGUCUGCGCAAACUUGUCAGUGGCUCUCCAGGGUUUCAGAUGGAAGAUGUUCCCUAUCCUACCUAGAGAUGCUGCAGGUAGGACCUGGGACCUUCUGCUUGCAAAGCAGGUGCUCUGCUACGGAGCUAUGGCCCUUCCCAAUAUUACACACUCAAAAGAAAUGGUAUGAACUGAAACUAGGCCAGGUUUUGUGGGUCAUGACCCAUCAGCUGAAGACCUGUGAUUUAGUGGGCAGCCCAACCCUGAAGCUGUAGCUGGAUUUAUGAGGAUGUCAGAGCCAGUGGCCAUGUGCCAUGCAGGACAGAUGGGGGAGCACCAGGUGAGAAGUUGGUGGUCAUGAGCAUCCUUAACAUCUACCUUCUCUUGCUAGCCUGGAACAGAUUCCAAAGGGGACGGCUCUACAGCCUCAUCCUUGGCUUCCUCUCCCCAUCCAUCAGAGGAGAGUCAGACCAGAGAAAAAGGCCCUGGCACUCCAAACACGGAAACUGCAGGUGAGGCUCUAUGGUGCUAUGAAGCCCGCCCUGCAGGCUGCUGAGUUUCUUUCCUGAGUGUCCUCAUUCCUACUUCUGCCGAAGCAAUUACAGAGCAUAAGAAGAGCCUGCUGGCCAAAAUCCUGCUCUUACAGUGGCAAGCCCAGUGCUUCUGGGAAACCUGUAAGCAGGACCUGAGCACACAUCUCCUCCUGCCAGCAACCAGUAUUCAGAUGCAUACUGCCUCUGACUAUGGAGGCGGAGCAUAGCUAGUAGCCAUGGACAGACUUAUCCUCCUUGAAUUUAUCUAAUUCUCAUUUAAUGCCAUCCAGAUUGGUUCUCCUGUGAGAGUGAGUUCCAUAGUUUAACUAUGUGGUGCAUGAAUUUGUACCUUGAGGAACAGAUCCUGCCUUCUCUAUUUAUUCUACUGUAUUCCUUUCUUUAAUACCCUGCCUUUCCUCCCAAGUAACCCUAGGGUGGUCAUUGGUCAUGUCCCCCUCCUUGAACAGGAAGAGAACCCAAUUUGGGUCGCAGGUCUUUUAUCAUCUAUUUGAGAAUGCAUCUUGGCAUUAUAAACAUGCGUUUGAGCUGGACCAUUACAUAGCCUUUGCCCUCUGCUUCCUAGUCUAGUAGUCUUCAGUCUCAUCCAGACCAUGGCUUCCUCCAAGAAAUCCUAGGAGCUGUAAUUUAUACCUCACAGAUAUACAAUUCCCAGGACCCUUAACAAACCACAGUUCCUGGGAUUCUUUGAGAGAAGCCAUGUGCUUUAAAUCUGCUUCAUAUGUAUGGUGUGGGUGUGACUUUCAACGGAAAGAGGGCUUUGUCCUCUAAUAAUCCCAAAUCUGUCUUGUAGUGUUAUCCCCAACCUUUCAGCAAGAUGGUGACUGAUUAAUAGACCACUUUUAACUGACUCUUCAUUGAAAAUCCCAGAUACAACAAUAUUAACAUGAUAUCCUCCCUACCCCCAUUUUACUCAUUUUUCUUUCUCAUAGAUGAGGUGGAGGUGAGUACUCAGGACGUCAGUCUGUGUCUGGAGGAUAUCAUGGAGAAGCUUCGAAAUGCUUUUCCCAACACUGGAGGUACAGUGCCUUAAAUCAUCUGGGCCUACAUCAUCAGGGAUGGGAUACCUUCUGUCCCUUCAGGUGCUUAUGGACCCGGAUACCCAUCAGCUCCAGCCAGCGUGGCUCAGUGUCGAGGGAUGAUGGGAAUUGUAGGCCCAGCAACAUCUGGAGGGCCAUAGAUUCCCCAUCUCUGGAUUACUGAGGUGAAUUAAAAUGGCGGCCCCUACUGAAAGCAGUGGGCCCUACUGGAGAGCCCAAGGCACCAGCAGUGGGCUCAAAUGCGAUGCAGAGGUCCAAAAAGUUGCACAGUUGCACUGUAACCCUUGAAGCGUGCCAUCUUCACUGCAGCCUUUUUUACCUGAGUUUGUGGAAGUUCCCCACAUGUUUUAGAAACCUGAAAGAUCUAAAAUAUGAGGGGAGUCUCCAUGAGUAUAGGAGACUUCCCACUUCAGUCUUCCUGUACAAACGGAAGGCUGACCAGAAUGGUUGUAGGCCCCUGGAGUCACAGUCCCUUUUUUCCCUGACAGGGCAAAGACCACACCCCCUGGCCUUCCUGAAGAAGUCUCUCAAGUUCUCCUAGAUGACUUGUUCAAAGCUGACCGUGGGCAUCAGCUGGUAUUAGCUAUUGUGUUGCUCCUGGUCUGGCUGCUUAUGGCAUUGAUGUCUGGCAUACCAAACCUGUAUAACCUAGCCUUACUGCUUUUGCCAGUGUGUCCGUUUUUAUUUGAUGGGCAUAACCAUUGGCCUCCCUCCCCCCCCUCCCCACAGUGGCAUGAUAGGCCUAAGGCUUUCUUCACCUCUUAUAUGCAGAAGACAGAAAUAUAUCUCAGGGAAAUCACUAAUGAAAGGGGACAGAAAGAUUUCAUGGCUCAGCGUGUUGUGUCAUUGACAAACUUGUUCCAGGAAUGAAUAAAGCCCAUGUAUUCUUUCCAGGCAGAGGUCCGCACUUAAACGCUCUGCAUCCAAGUGGGGUUUUUUGUUGUUGUUUUGUUCUAAGAUUUCUCCUUCAAGACCGGCUCUUUAAAGCUGAAGCAGAGAAAAUGUCAAGUUCGGGUUUCCCACAGAUUGACAUUUGCUCCGAUUGAACUUUAAAGAGUUUUCACGGAGACAGCUCCGUAGCAAAAAAACCAGAGAGCUUUAAAUCACGGACUGGGCCUGGAAAGGGCGGAGGAAAAGUAAGUGUGGAUAAGCCCUGAGGUAAACUGCAAGACAUUGGAUGCAAACACACUGUACGUUCAAAGCACAUUCUCCCCUAACCCCCCCUGGGAACUGUAGUUCACCCUUCACAGAGCUACAAUUUCCAGCACCCUUAUCAAACGACAGUCCCUAGGAUUCUAUAUAUGGUGUGCUUUAAAUAUAUGGUGUGCAUGCAGCCACAGUUUGAGUGUAAAGAUUUAGUGUUUGCUCAGUAUGGCUUUUCCCCCAGCCUCUGAAACCCUGUAGAGUUGUUGCAAAUGUAAAGAUCAGAGUGGAAACUCUGCUCCCCAUCACUUUGACAGGUGGGCAGAGCUGCCGAAAUGUCAAUCGCCUGACAUUGCCAGAUGUCAGGUGGCCCAAGUUCAAAGGAAAGAAUUGUUUCUUUUCUUCCAAUGCAGCCAGGCUUAAACUCAAAAGAAAAUGCCCACCGAAAAGGAUGUGGGAAACAAUCAGCUGAGCUCUGGUGUAGAACCAGUCCCAGAAGGAUUGAUGCCAAGUUUAAAAGGUUUGGAGGCUGAGGGGACUGAAGGCACUUGAACUGCCUCAUCCAAUGCCCUAACAGUGUGUUGCUGGCAAGGAGGGUGAAGAAAGGCUCUUGCAGUCCUCCUGUCAUUUUGCGGAUAAAAAAAAAAAAAAGGAACGCCACUAUUUCCUCCCUUUGAGAUCUAAAAACUUGCCUGGUUUGGGGGAAUUUCGGCUGCUAAGAAAAACUCAGGGUCAUUUAGAACCAAGACAUUUCCCAGUCCUCUCCCCACUCUGGUAUAACUCCCAACCACCCCAACACAAACCCUGACCCCUACCAAGCUCAGAGCUGUGACAUCAUUUGGGCCAGGCCAGAGUUCUCAAAAAUGGUGGGGAGGGAUGAUCCAGUACUAGAGAAGGAGAACCAAUAUAGCCUCAUGGCCUCUAAGGUUGCAGCCUCAAAUGCCAUCUUUAUGCGACACAGAAAACUAUAUGGAUGGGUGUAAAUUGUGGGUGGGAUGGGUGAUUUAACUAAGCUCCACUGUGAAUAUAAUCAGAUUGUGUGCAUGCCUGCUUUUUCCUUUAAUGUUUAUCUAUAAGCCUUAUAGACUUACCAAGUAGCAUUUUGUGAAAAGCUUUUACGCCUGUUGUCUUGAGAUACUAAUUUCUGUGCUAAAAACGAAGAAGGGUGCAAAACAGUACAGGGUGGGGGAUCAACACAACUUACUAGCACUAUUAUCAAACCCAAAUUGUCUGUACAUGUAUACACAUAUAAACAAGCCCAUAACACCUCCACUCUCCAAACUGCCUCCAGAUAUAACUCUGAAUAUCCUUGGGCUUCUCCAGGCAACCUGUUUAUUGAACAUUCAUCCUGAUCUGUUUGUGGGGAGGUUAUACAACAAUGUGCAUUCAUCUUUAUUUGUUUGCAUGGAGGUUAUACAUCUUCCUGCCAAUUGAUCGUUGUCCCAUAUUUUUUAGUGCAUUUACCCAUCUCUUUCCUAGCUGCAAGCAGUCCAAUUUUGAGGGUGUUUGUGUGUGUGAUAACGGUUUUGUUACACCAGAGGGCUUUAAUUCAUGAAUUGCACAAACCCAGAUUUCUGGUAUGCCAGUGAAUCCCUCUCAUUUAAAAAAAAAAAGACAAUCUGGAGACAACCUUUAUAACAUGAAUCCAGCAGGCACAUAUUCCACUGGAUGCGACCCUGUUUUGUUUUCUCUUUCAGGUCCUGCUUCCCUUAUCUAACACCUCCUGCAAGUGAGAGGCUUUGUCUAACCAGUUCCUCAGCAGUUGCUACUCUCCCUUCCUCUCUCCUCCCCUCUGUGUGACAGACUUCACUCGGAUCCUUAAGGGGACACCCUCAGCAGAAGCUCACCAGAAUCCUUGCAGGGUUUGGCUUCCAGGAGAGCACUCCUUGGUGUAUCUUCAGAGCAUUUCCUUUGGAAGGGCAAUCCAGGGUUACGUACCCCAAAUCCAGAUGAGGUCAAAACUGGAUGUUGACACAUGUCUAGAUUCAAGGAACUCUGAAAGGAAGGAAACAAGGGCACAUGGUGGUGCCUUUCUGUGCAAACUACAAACUGACAUGAAUAGCUUUCCCCCCACCCUCUACAGUUUGUGUUGUGGACUGUCGCUUUUUCUGGGCCAAUUUUGGGGUUGAGUCAGGAAGUGGCCUAUGGUGGAUUUUGGCCAAGUGAAAUGAUCUGUGGCCUUCACAGGAUGGUGGUUUUAUGGGGACUGGAAUUGUCUCACAGUGACCGAUAAACCAUGAAGAACCUUUAAGCUGGGAAGAAAUCCAAAACCUUUAUAAUAAAAAAAAAAAAUCAGAAGAGUUGGUAUGUUGUAAAAGGAACUUGCAAGCGCCCGGGUACCUCCAUAUCUUCCAAGGUCAGUGGGAGGAAGAGACAAGGCCCAGAUUAAAUCUCAUGGGAAAACAAGGGAGAGGAGCAGGCUUUAAAACAUAUUGUUCCAAUGGCAGUAACAGCAGCCUUAUGUGAGAGAAGCUUUAUAACAGAGAGCCUUAUUGUUUUAAUUUACAUAUUUAUAUAUAUAUACAUAAUAUAUAAAUACAUAUUAUAUAUAUUGUAUUUAAGCACUGUAAUGGACUUCCUCAUGCAUUAAAUUCUAAUUCCUUGUUAUGUGUUUACUUUGGAUUUGCAGUUCUGCUCUGUUCCGAAAUCUGCUUUUUUAUGUGAUGGGAGGCAGCUCCCUCUCUUCUCUUUGUCUGCCCCAGCAGCUGCUUCCAAAGAGCCUAGGCCUGCCUGCUUCCUUUUGGAGUUGGAAUAAUCUCCACCUGAGUGACCUCCUGCAAACAAAGGUGGUUGGGAGUCAGAAUCUGUUGGCAUCUAUAGAGUUUAUUUACGCAUUGUGCUAUGGGGUCCAGUCCCUCCCUCUUUGGAUCAAUUUGUGUGUGGCAAACUUAAGAAGCAUAUGGAUAGCUGCUACUUUGAGCUUCCUAUGCAUAGUGGUCUUAACCAAGUCACACAGGUCAAAUGCAGUACAAAAUAUUCAGUUGCAGGAGCACUUGAAAGCAUAGUAUGUCUGCGCUUCUGAGUGACCAAAAAAGGACUUCUUUUGAACUGCACUCAGCAGCACAGCUAGUUAUGUUGGAAAAUAAACAGGCGUCCCCAUUUCCUUUCAGGUAGAUUGCAACUAUUCAGAAGGACUGGCGUCUGAAUAGUUAGGCCUCUAGUUAGGCUGGGUCGCUUAGAUUUAACCUAGUGUGAUCCCAUAAUCAUUUUAACAUUGGGGGAAUUUUUAAAUCUGGGCUGUUGUUGAUCAGGCAGCUCAAGGCUCUUUCCUUGGUUAGCAAUUGCUACAGUGGAACUGCUGCCUCCAUAUCUCCAACUGAGAGAAAGUUAUGGAAUGUGGCUCAUUUCCCGGACUGAGAUAGCAACGACACCAGAUGUUCUGCAUCUCCCAUAGGCUACAAGACAAAAGAAAAGAAACAGAGAGGCAUGGCCCCAAAAAAAAGCAUUGGAAACCACUGCCAUUAAGGUCAGCUCUCAGUGGUAUUAUGGCUUUGAUUUGUGCAGUUCCCAUUCUAAUCCCAAACACGCCGGAUUAGCACAAAGCAUACUAUGCCUUUCAUGUAGCCCAAAUCUUCUGGUGCUGCAGAAACCACUUGGGUGCUGUGUUGACAGACCUGGCCCAUUUCAAGAGCAGUCUUGGCACAAGGUUGUUGUACACCACAAGUUUCCCAUUUAAACUUGAAAAUUUCUCACCUCUCCUCUUUAAGGAGAGGCAGAUAAACAUCACAGUCAUGGCCUAUUCACUCAGGACUUAUCCCCUAGCUGGGCACUGGGGAUCCAGUAGAAUCGACUGGCAUUGCAGGAUCCCCUGAAGCUGGUGUCCAUGAUAGGCUGUGUUUUGGAGAUGCAGGUGACAAAUUUACAAGGGAAAAGGCAGCUCAUGACAACUAAUGGAAGUGUUCUAGUGUAGGUAACUAUGCCCUAAACCUAUGUUUGUUGGUUAAAGGUGCUAAUCUAUGGUAAAAGGCGAUUAACAGUGGGCAGUAAAUUGUAAGCAAAGACAGUGUGUGGAAUCUAGUUUAGAUUUAAGCCUUUGCCUUUUGCUGCAUUCAGUGUUGUAUAUCAUGUCCGUGGCUGGUUCUUUGUGGGUGUUGCUUGCAGAGUAUAUACACAGUCAAAGCUGCUACCUCAAAAACUAAAAAAGAUAGUUAUACGUUUGAGGUCUGCCUCAACUUUCAAGUAGCAGUAUUGCUAAAUGGCUGAACGCAAUCCCUUAAAAAUGCAAGUUAUAGAAUGGGUUUUGCGAAGUCCAAGGCUGGUGGUGCUAUGGGUCACAAUGUAAUUUACCAGCAUUUAUGGAUUGUAAGGAAUGUCACAUGUGCUGAAAGCAUUGUAGGUUGUGAGGGUUGUUGUAGCACGUUGUCAUAAAUUUGUGUGGGGUUUAUGUUAGUGGACUGCUACAGCAUGUUGGCUGUUGAGAAUCUUGUAGGCUCCCAAGAAGAUGAGGAAAAUACUAAACAAAGUGGGCUGAUUUGUGUCACACAGUAGCUGUAGAAGGAAGUGGGUUUUUUAGGCCAUCGACAUUGUAGGCACUGCCAGUUAUACUGUAUGAGCAUGAUUUAAAGCAUGACAAAGAGCAUUCUGUUAAAUAUUCUGUAAUGGUGGACCUUUAAGUCUAGGCCAAGAAUGUUCUUAGCAGGCAUAUGCCAAUUCUUCCUCCCAAGGAAAUACCCUGGUUUGAUGGUUGAACCUCUAAAAAGCCUAGCAGAAAUCACCAUUGUACAGUGGUACCUCUGGUUAAGAAUUUAAUUCAUUCUGGAGGUCUGUUCUUAACCCGAAACUGUUCUUAACCUGAGGUACCACUUUAGCUAAUGGGACCUUCCCCUGCACCGCCGCUGAGUGAUUUUUGUUCUCAUCCUGAAGCAAAGUUCUUAACCCGAGGUACUAUUUCUGGGUUAGCGGAGUCUGUAACUUGAAGCGUCUGUAACCUGAAGCAUCUGUAACCCGAGGUACCACUGUAGUUGUUUCUGAAUUGUAUUUUAAAAUAAAACAAACACCACAUGCCAUCUUAGUUUUGAAAGAAACUGAAACUCCACUUUGGAAUUGGGCCUUAGGUGGAGAUCCCCAGGGGUCAUGUAGUUACUCAAACUAGCAAGAAGGAGAGGUUAGGACAGAGAUUGAGAACCUGUGCACCGUCAGUGAUUUGCUCUCAUCACCCUUGAUCACUGGCCAAGCUGGCUGAGACUGAUGAGAGCUGGAAUCCAAUAUUUGGAGAGCCACAGAUUCCCUAUCCCUGCCUUGGCUUACAUGAUCUGCUGAGAGGAGGAAAUCUGUGUCCUGUGUUUCCUCUUUUCAUGUUUUUGAAGGAACACAUAGUGUUCCUUUCUUGAGGUGAGAAGCAUGUUUCCUUUUCCUAAAGUGGCACAUGAGCUGCAGUGCAAGCUAAGCAAUUUUAAGUCUUGGACGUAAUGAUCCUGGCAUUCAAAGAGAACAGGGUGGGCUUGGGGAAUGUAUAUUGUUUUACUUUAAAAUAUGGUAAACCCAGCCCUCCUGUUUCUUUCUGAUGAAUGAAACCCUGGGCUUAGGUCCCAAAGUCCUGUCAUUAUGGAACUACCGUAUGUGAGUUAAGUGCUGAUAUUGUAUAUGAUCAGGGGCUUGGUACCCACGUUAGCCCACCAAACCAGGAUAUUGACAAAUGGCAAAUCCACACUCAUGGGUAGUCAGAAGCAAAGGAAGAAUGGGGCUUUCAACUAGGAAAUCAACAAAUCUUCUUCAGUUUCUCAUUUUCCCACAUCAGCUUGUAAUUUCUUUUUUAAAUAACUCCAUGUGAAAACUCAUCAGCAUAUGAUGUCCAAAGGUUCUCUAAUAUAUUUGAGUACAUUUUGUGUAAUAUACCCAUUUUUGCAAACAAUUUGCCCUAAUAUAAUGCAUUUUGGGAUAUGUUAUAUUCUUGAAUUUUUAUAUAUGCAUUAUUAAUGGACAUUUUACCGUGAUAUAGUGCAUUUUUUUUGUACACGUUACAUGGCUUGAGGAAUGCAUUUGAGGAAGUGCAACUUCUGAAGGACAGCUGUGUUUCGGUUCUCAUGUGGCUUUGGAAAGUGUGAAUUAGGUAGAAUCGCCUUGUUAUGUGAAAUAAGUACAGGUAACUCACAGCUUAUGUGUGUUUAACAUGUGUGAUUUCAACUUUACGCGGUUGAAGGCCAGCUGGUUGAAAUCAAACAAAUUAAAUGCAGGGGAGGCAGAGCUUAAAUGUUCUUUUUGCCCAGGGUUUUCCUGAUGCGGAAAGGGCUCUCAGAUUUGCUUACCAAGCCGGGGGGGGUGGUCGGUCCAUUUAGCAUGCAGGCUCUGGAACAUAAAAUUGUGUGUGGGCGGUUCCAAGGGGGUGGUUUGUGUAUACGCGUUUUUGCAUAUACGUGCCAUCCCUGGAAUGUACCCCCACACAAGAUGUGACUGGCUUGUACUUUCUUUCUUUUCCCUACUUUUAACCUUUAACUCUUGUAUAGAACAGGUAAUUUGUGGUGGGGCAGUUUUUCAGUCAGAAGCAUGGAGAGAGCAGCACAUACCCAAAUCCCAUCUUCCACCCAGUCCUUACAAGGCAGAGAAGCCCACUCAUUCAUCCAACUGGUCUUAUCUACCCCUCGGUGCUCUUCCUUCAUCUCGUCUGCAGUGGCCGAAGACAGAAUGCGGACAAUAUUGUUAGUAGGCCAUAUUAAGAAACUUUUGUUGUUUAAUCUGAUCGCUUUCUACAGUGCUAGGAUGUGUAGGUUCUUGAUUCUUUUGUUUGUAUUUAUAGUAUUGCAGCAUUAUUCUUAAAUUUUAUGAACCAUCACCCAAGCUAAUUUACACGUUAAGCCAACCAAUUUACUUAUCAGAAAGUAAAACCUUAAGUCCUGUGCCUCUGCCCCUAGCAUUAGAGGAAUUGCAGUCGCCUAUUGCACUUGGCAGAAUUUGUGUUGCAUUUGAAGUAUAUAUAAUUUAUUUUCCAGUGUGCCAAUAAGAGACAGAAAUUAAUAUGGUGAGAGGCCUGAAAAUUGUCCUGAAAAGGACAAUUGCUCUGUAGCAUGUGGUAGAUCCCUCAAUCUCACACUUUCAUUAUUAGUUCUCCCCGCCACCCCAUCCCACUUUCUGAAUAACAUUGGGAACCCAGAACCCUGUUCAUUAGCGUUGCAACUUCCCACUGCAAAUAACAAGAGAUUUCCUCUCCGCUGCCUACUCCCAGGAAUUUUGCUCAUCGCUUUCCUAGCUCUUCACACAGAAGGACUGCAGCUUGGUCACUGGGGUGUGGGUGGGUGUUAAUCUCUGUUGAAGCAAUUGAAAGGGACACAAUGAGUAAUGAGGGAUUUUUUCUAAAGGGAGCAGAACUAAUAAUGACUGGU